ACCUUUAAACAUUUCAGUACCUGCAGAUGGUCUGGCGCGUGCCCGUCGCUGCUGAAGGGCCUCGUGAGAGUGCCGCUGCGGUCGAGAUGACAGAUUGACGUCAUCGGGACUGACGCAGAGAGGCAGAGCAGCAGCAGCGCGAGCGGCAGGAGGAGCGGUAGGAGCAUCACAUCCACCAAACGGCUCCACAGCAACCUCCUCCUCCUCCCACCACCACCACCACCAGCAGCAGCAGCAGCAGCGAGGUGUUUUCUCCCCCUGAGCAUCCUCCGAAUUAACGGUAGGGACACCAGCGAGAGGACCGGACCGGAGGGCGAUAUUACAGACACAAAUUAGCCGUCUACAUCAGAGCAAUGACAUUGUUUACGCCGCGGUCUUUCCCCCUUUCGUUGUGGUUUGUUUGUCAUCGUAAGAUUAGCAAAGCUAGCCCGGUUAGCUGUCUAUUGUACGCAACUGAACAGGUACCCACUGAGUUACAAGAGGAUUAUAGGAGUAUUGUUGUGCGUGGACACUGAUUUGCUAUUUGCUGUGAAGAAACGCGGUUAAUACCCUACCCUAGAGCUAUAAAUGAUUCAGAUCGAUCAUACGGUUAAAUAACAACAUAUCGUAAACGUGAUUCCCUUUGAGGAAGUGACACAAGCUAGUUAACAGUUAGCUACACCUGCUCAGCUUCCUGACCUGCUCUGGUAGAGAGAAUCUGCUGAUAUUUGACAGAACUGCAGGAUGACAUAACCAUGGCUGCUCUUAGUUGAGAUUACACUGCUGCAUAAUUUGCUCUGCAACCACUAAAUGUAAAAUUUUGCCAUCACAAUAUCAUGAUAUCAAUUAAAGCACCAGUUAGUGUCAUCAACAUGAAACAUACCAAGGGCAAUCAUUGCACCGAUCAUGGUUAAAAUGUUUGCUAUUAUUGAAUCUCUUUUAUUUAACAAAUCACGCUUGUUUAUGCUCACCUGUCCACUGUCAAAGCCACAGGUGGAUGAUUUGCAUAUCUGCCAAGGGACGAGAUUUUAACUUUACUCUCCGUCUGACAUUUUAAACUGGUACAAACAUUUCAAAUAUCGCCAUAUGGGGGUUUAAUAAAUAAAAUUACAAGACAGGAAUUCAUAUUUACUGCUUAACAGUGUACUUUUUGAUGUCCUUCACGGUGGACAUUUGCACAAAAAAUGUAUGGAGGUUUAACAGGCGCCAAGUUAACGCUACACAUAAUCAGCUUAUUCCUAUCCUUGCAGAGAUGUAGUUCUGUUUAAUUUCACACUGUAUAACUUUGGCAUUGCAAAUCGCAUACUUCCAUACUAAAUACUUAGCUUUUUCAAAUUGAGUAUACUAAGCAUACUGUGUGCUCGAUCGUGCAGUGCACAAGUUUCGAGGGUGCAGUGCUGUCCCAUAUCGCAAACUGGCGCACUCACCGGAAAUGACGACGCGAUUUGCCUCGUGUCUCUAUUUACAUAUAAAAAAGAUUAGAACAAGAAAACUUAAGAUACCCUAUUUACAUAUUAAACAUUUGGAACUUGGUAACUUAAGAUAAACAAUUUACAAAUUAAGCAUUAAAAAAUGGAAAGAAACUAUUUACAAAAAACUACUUUUUAAUAUAAAAUAUACGAUAUUAAUAUAAAAUAUAAUAUAAUAUAAAAUAUAAAGGCAGCUUAUUACUUACAUCUGUACAAAGCUCCCAGGUCGACUGUCGCCGACCCACUGGCACCACAGCUGUCGCAGCCAUUCUUACCGAUGAAAUGGGUGCAGGCGAGUGUCCACAGUCGCAUACUCAAAAUCUUGACUGAUCUGACUACGUCAUCCGCGUACUUUUGCAUACUCAAUUUUCGCAUUCUAUCCAUACUUUUCUCCAUUCUGAGUUGAGUAUACUCAAAAUUUUAAGUAUUUAGUAUGGAAGUAUGCGAUUUGGGACACAUUUGGGAUUGGCAGAGCACUAUCAGAAAGGCUAACUUAGUUUAAGAGUUUAACUCAUUUUUCCUUUAAAGAGUACCCAUGCCUGUCCUGUUUGGUCCUGAUGUUGCAGCAGUGGUUUUGAGUGACGCAGAUCUGGAUGCAUUGAAAUAUCCUGUUGCAUCAUCUUCGUGUCCAUCAGAGUAUUCCUGAAAAUAUGUUUAAAAAAGUGACUGUUAGAAAUCUUUUGGGCAUGUUUGAUUCACUUAAUGAAAUCCCCCAAAUUCUCAAACUAAACAUUUUCUGGAUCUAGAGAGGACAAAGGUAAUUUCUUAACAGAGUGAAAUAAAAAUUCCAUCCAACAGGCUGUAGGAUGUUUAUUCAUCUCAUUCCCAUUCGCUCCGUCGUCCUUUUUUUUCUACUUCUAAUUCAUCAUGAUGCAUGCACAGCAUUCUGCGCAACCCUUUUUUAUUAUUUUCUGUUUUCUUCAACCCUCCCCUGCAACUCAGUUCUCCCUCUGUCUCUACUUUGCUUCUCCUCCCCUCCUCUCAUGGUCCACCCUGUUUUUCUCCCACUGCCACAGAGAUAAAAGAUAAGAUGGCCACCUCCUCCUCCACUCUGGAAGAAGACGAGAGUUUGAAGGGCUGCGAAAUUUUCGUGCAGAAGCACAACAUCCAGCAGAUCCUGAAAGAGUGCAUUGUGAAUCUCUGCAUCGCGAAGCCUGAGCGUCCUAUGAAGUUCCUGCGGGAGCAUUUUGAAAAGCUGGAGAAGGUCGGUGAUUAAAGAUUCUUGUUUUUUUGUGCAUUUUCUGAGUUUGUGUCUUUCUGUUUGUAAUGCUGAGCUUUGUGCUGUGUUAUAUUCAGUGUGGUGAACAUGAAGUUGUGAAUUAAAAUGUGACUUAUAACUGAAUGUAGCGCAGUGUAUGACAUGAACUUUAAAUGAAGUAGCAGAGGUGAUUCUUCGUCAGAUUUCCUGAAUGUUUCUCCAUCAUUUAUACAGCCUAAAGAGUCAUGUUUUAAAGGAGUAUUACAAAGGUUUUUGUUAAUACAGGUUCAGUUACAAAAUGAGCUGCCUCUAAGAAAAAGUAAAAUCUUUUUAGAAACGCCGUUUUAUUUGUUUGUUUUUUACUCAGCUGUUGAGUAAGGCAAAGUUGGCUUGAGUACUGUGUUUCUAAAUCUCUGCUCUCACAGAGUCCUCAUUUUUUCGUCCUAUAAAAGGGAUACUCCACGAGGGAGUAUGAGGGCAUCACCCAUAAAAGGCCAGUGUCCCAUCUGAGGGCCAAAGGGAACAGACUCUUUGUAUCUGCCUGUCUGCCAGGAUAGGUGUGCAUUAGCUGAAAAGAAGUGGCGGCUUGUGCGAGAACAGUGGAAAGAGAUCAUAACUAGAAAACGGGUGAAAACAGGGGGCAACCUCUGAGGCACAUUUGGCCCACAAACAACGUGACUGCUGAGCCUGUGAGUGUGUGUCUCUGUUCAGCUGAUGUGUUAGCUCUGGCUCACAAGAUGCUUCUGAGAGGAGAGGUGCUUCUUUGUCUCCUGCUUUAUUUAUAAGUUGUUUUCCGUGCUGAAGAACUCCAAGUGGAGCACCAAACUGUAGAUUCAACAGCGCUGACUAUGUAGGCUGAGUUGACCUUUCAACUAGGAUUCGGCGAUUUGGCAAUUAAAAUGAUCACGAUAUAUUUUGUCAUAUCGGCCGAUCUCGAUUAUUAUCACAAUUUUUUUUUAAACUGCCUGUUUUAAAGAAUCUGUACCAAAAACUAAAGAAACUAGAGUUUAGUUCAACAUUUUGUUAACAUAAAAAGUAAAUAACAAAGCAAACUGAAUAAAAUAAACUUAGAAAAAUAUAAAAAACAUUUUAAUUUAACAGUACAACAAAUGUAGAAAAAUGCCAAAUAAUACAGUGAACUAGUUCGUGUUUUUGCAGGUAUGCCAGUACUAAAAUAAACAAAUCGUCCCCUCAGGGAUAAUAAAGACGACAUACUGUACAUAUCGGCUUAACUGCUCGAUGUCACUUUGAAGAUACCCGAACCAUCGCCACACAACUGACGUUAAAUAACUUCUCAACAAUAACAUCUUCGGAGGAUGACUCAAAGUCACGGCUGACAUCUAUUUUGCUGUCCUCAGCUCUGCGUUUAGCUCCACGUUCAGUCAUUCUGUUUACUUCUCCUGUUUACUAAAUUUCCGCUAUGUUUGUUCGAGUAAAUAUGCUCACAGUUGAUCACCGCGAUCGAACUGAAAAUUAUCAGGACCAUUGAUCAAGAUCAUAUAAUCGCCCGGUCCUACUCUCAACCCAAAAAAUAGAGCAAGACAGCACCUCAAAUGUUAGAAUUGAAAACUGCUAGACUCAUUUUAGAUUUGAUAGAUACAACACCUCUUAAAAUGAAGUGUAUGUAUGAAAAGGAUGGUAAAAUCUGAAGGUGUGAAAUGCUUUAAAAGUGCUUUGAUCAAAGAUAUUCAUUUGUAGUUUUCUCAUGAGUGGAGAGCUUCGGUCCUGUUCACAUGUUUAGAAAGAGAGAAUGGCUCAUGUAGAGAUAGAGGAUCAGAUCUGAGAUUGUCAAUUUUGAUGCCUGGAGGAGGAGUGGCAUCCUUGUGUGUGAGUUUGAGUGUGUGAUGGCAUGUGAGAAUCAUCUGAUCCGAUCAUUGACUUUUGUUGAAAUUCAAAGGUUCUAUCAUGUUUAUGGAGGCUAUGCACGGACUUAAUGCUGGAGUGAAUCCUUUUUUUCUCUCAUUUAUUAUUCAUACUUUUUCACUUGUUUUUCGCAGAUAGUCCAACAUCAAAGAUUUAUUUAAAAGUGAUGGAAGGAAAGGCUGCAUGACAACAAAAGGGAGGGCUUUCAAAGGGGCAAUCCGCAAAUCAACAGUCGGGAUACCUCGUAUUGUAUUGUCAGAUUGCGGCUCUCCUGUCUCAUCAGAGAGAGGUCUACUUUUAGCCUAAAACUGCUUCAUAAGAAAUUGGAAAAGUUUUAGAUCCCUUGACGUUAAUCUGCCCUUCUUAAAAAAAACAUACGACAUUAAAACAAGAUGAGCUCCCACAUGAGAGCCAUGCUUUGAGAGGCUGGAUCAGGUGGUCUCACAGCAUCAGAAACCCAGCCGUGAUGGAGCUGCUGCUGCUGCUGUUAUCAGGAACAGUAAUGCUGCAUAGUCUGAGAGGCAGCAUGAAUACUAAUGGAUGUGACAGAGCUCAGCAGAAGCACACAGUAUUAAGUUGUUAUUGAUUCAUGUUGUAAAAUGACACGCUGCACGCUCGCCCUGUACGUGUGUGUCAUCUCAAUAACAAAUGAGUCUCAAAGAUUUUCUGUCCUAAUCAAAACUCUUUAUGUAAAUUUUUACAAGCCGGUCAUCUAAUAGUCCCGUACACACAAUGAUUUAUUACACAGGCCCAGGAGCAAAACUUGGCAAUCUUGCACACGGGCUUUUAUCGUCCAGAACCAGGUCUUGAGGCACCAUGGUGAUCUAUGGAAGUGGCUGUGUGAGGUUGGAUAAACACGCCGUCCUUGGUAGAGAACAUUAUUACAUGUGGUUUGCUUCACUGUCACUGUGAACAUCGAUCAAAUUGUUUGCAUUACGUUAAUGCACCGAAGCUAUUACGCUCUGCACCAUUUUACUUCCUCUGCUGCUGCAGCAACACUUUAUAUUUACUCUAAUCUUCCUGCUCCUGUUUGCAUUUAAUCAGCCUCACAUCCACCUCUGCACCCACCUGUAGGCUUUGAUGGUGGUGUCCUCUGGAAGGAGAUGCUGUCAGCCGUAACUCUCCCUGUGCUGUAAGAUGUGAGAUGCAUAAAACAUCAAAUAGUGUUAUUAAAUCCUCUGACGUCAAACUAACAUUUCAUGUAAUGUUGUUUUCCACAUAACAGGGAAUAUAUUUAUCACCUAGAGAGUAAGUAUUUGAAGUUAAACUUAAAGAAAAGAGCUUUUUAUCAACAAGAUGUGUUAGAGGAGCUAACGCGUCAAAUAGGGGAGAAAAUUUCCAUGACUUUCACAAUGUUGUUUAAAGCUCCUGUGAGGAACUCUUUGUUUGUGUUGGUUUUGGCGCCACCUUUGGACAAAAAGGGGAACUUCUUACUUCUUCAAGGUCACAUCAAUAGUUGUCUUUCCUGUCACUGAUGACCUUGUUAAUUUCAGCCUGUUUCAUAACCAGCCAAAAACUCCUCACAGGAGCUUUAACUGGCAAAACAGGCAGAAUUUUUCACCCUGAAGGUAAUUUCGCAUCCCAUAUUUGUGUGUAAGGACCUUAAAGCUUGCACCAAUAAAAAACACUGUUAAAUCCAAACAUACAGUAUAUCCCUGUGAGUUCCUCAGAGCUCAGAUCAUCACGGCAGCUUUGAGGACAGGAAGGCUCGCUUUAGAAACAGGGUUUGACAGGCCUGUGUUGUUGAAUGGUGGUUCCUGAAAUUGCUCCGUGUAUACAGAGUGGUCAGAGUAAAAAAAGACGCGCUGACCUCUUUUCCCUCAGGUCCACGAUUGCCCAACAUGAUUUCAGUCUUUCAAACCUGUAUUGCGUUGUAAUGUCAGUCAUUUGUGGAAUCGAAACGGGGCAUCUAUGUGUUUGCACUGUCCCAGUUAUUUAAGAAGCUUAUUGUGCUCCUUUUUCUCCCUCGGGACAAUAUUCGGUUCAACUAGCUAUGUCUGUUUAAUCCAGAUUUAGGGCUGCAGACUCUUUUCUGUAUCUCUUCUAUCUGUCUCUUCUAGCAAGGAAGAAAAAUUUGGGGCUGAACAACUUGGAGGUGUUUAUGUCUUUGCUGAAAGGAGGAAGCUCUGGUGAACGAAACAACAACACGCAGAAAACACUCUUGUCGUCACAUUUUCUCCUUCACUUCACCCUCGUCAUGUUUGCUUUUUCUCUUCUACCUCUCUGCCAUAUUUGUCUGCACUCAUCGCAUAAGAGAGGCGGUAACCUAGGCAACCGUACAGGAUAGACAGGAGUCUCUUUAUCUGUAAAGUUUAUUCCGACCCUCCUCUCGCGUCUUCAGGUUUUUCUGUGGGCUCAUGAGAUCAGAGGGGCAUUCUUCUUUCGCUCUUUUUUCUCAAUUAAACCUCGUUUUUUCUCAUCAGCACAGAGACGCUUUCAUUCGACAUCUUAUCAGGAGAAUCUCAUCUCUGUUCGGUUUCUAAGUCAUCCGUUCUCACGGUCUUCUUCUUUGAUGCUUUUUUUUCUUUCCUCUACCUCUACCUCUCUUUCUCGUCUUCUUCUUCUCAUGCGCUCACACGUUUCAGAGCGGACUCCGUCAUCAGUCUGACUAGUUUUGAUUUUAACUCUUGUUACGAUUGAUGACCUGCCUUCUGUUGUUCGCUGAGGUUGUGAAUGGGAAAAUCACAGCCGUCUCGCUGCCUUUCAUCCUUGCCUGUUAACGCGCGGUAAUGAUAACUUUGAUCUCUACAACAGAAGCGUCUGAUCGGCGGGCUCAUCUCGCCGUCUGAUCUCGCCUCCUCUAAUUGUUAGAGAGCGAGUCUUAAUUUUUGGCACAUUACACUAUUAAUCAGCUUUCUGUGACUCUGGUAAGUACGGGCUGUUGUAUGAUUAUAUCAUAAUUACUGCUGUACAAUGUGAUACGCUCAAAUGUCUGGGACUCUGGGACACUAUCACUGAGAGUAAUCCCAAAUAAUGCCGGACUGACCCUGAUUUGUUCAUGUUGAUGGGCUUCAAAAAUGGGCUUCUCUGUCUCUGCGAUGGCAGCACCUAGUGUCCCGGUUACCUGGGUGAUAAGUUCUGAAAUUGGUUCAUGAUUGGUUGGCUGGAGCAGCAACUCCAGGAGCUUAUCAAACAACAGGUCCGCAGGUUAGCGACCUUAGCAGCUAGAGACGCGAAAAAGCCUGAGUGCCUCGAUGAGUCCUGGAGUUAGACAGCUUCUCUCUGUGAACUCGCUCACUGCUCUCUUUUUCUUGGGAGCUGCUCCAUAAAAACGGAUCUUCACUACCGCUACAUACAUAACCUUACCAAAUAUAGAUGACUGGCAGGGGGUGACACGGAGCCCGACUCAGGAUUAUUUGAAUAUUAAAAAUGUGUAGUAGUUACGAUUUCAAAUGCAUGGCAUCCCCAAUCAUUCUCCAAACAGACUUAACUUUUCACUUCAAGAAAAUCUUGUGAAAUAAUCUUCAAAACCACCAGGCAAUCAGACCUUCGCCAGCUUUUGUCACACUUGUUAUAUAAUGGUGGGCAUUCUGCAUUGACUUGGAGUCAUUCAGCUUAAUCGGACUAAGCUCUUUUUUUUUUUGCCGAACCGGAUUUCUCUCCUUGUCGUCCUCCAGACGUCAGAAGAAAGAAGAUGGAGCAUCGUACUGCGUUGUUUUUGUCGUACAUGAUGUACGCGCUACUUUUUCUGCAGAUGAUAUGCACGUUACUCCUCUUCUCUGGUGUUUUUGUUCCGGCCUUAAGGAGGUGUGGCACAAGCGUGUAUGCAUUGUCCAAUCAUACUCCGACUACGUUUAUUACAUGGUAGAAAAAAUUGAAUUCCAAUCGCAGUGGAGUUCUCUGACUCCAAUCGCUUACAUGCACUUCAGUUGUCCGGUCUUAAUCAGAGCGAGGCAAUAAAUCGCUUUUCUCAAGUGUCAUGUAAACGUACUGACUGGCUACACCAAUAGCAGCGCAUUUGUCAGAGGAAUUUAUCCUGGUUAGAUGAGGAAGUCCUGAUAUUGGCUUGUUUCUGACUGUGUUUGUUUGUUGUAAAGCCAUUAAGAUGACAGUAGUAAACUUCUUUCAAAGGGUUCUCCUGGUUGACCUCUGUUUUCUUUAGGGUGGUUAUAUCCACUGUUGCCUGGCAGCUGGCUUAAAACUAGAGUUACAUAGUCAUAGAAGGCAGUAAAGAAAUUUAAGUCUGACUACAUUUUGUUGCAAAACAUUGAAGCUACAAAAAGGUGCUACAAGAAGUCUGAAUUGUUGACUUAUUUCCUCAUCACUCUGCAUCCUCAUUACAGAUCUGUCCAACAGGCAAGACGCCAAGCCCGACUGUGAGAGUGUGAAUUUGUCACUCAGUACAUCAAGUGGGCAGCUGCCAUCGCAGAUGUUUUAUUGAAUAAGGCUUCUUCACAGGGCUCUUAAGAGUGUUUUUUGGCUUCCCAGAACAGCUUCCAUGUUUUCAUAGAAGAUCCCUCACAUUCUUUACCUCUCUCAUCUUGUCUUCCUGUUAUUUUGCCUGUGAACACGUCUGAUGACUUCAGAUGCGUCUCUCUCCUCCUCCGCUGCUAUGUAGAAAUCAACACUCUGAUCUGUACGUAACAUACCAGCUGCACACGCAACCAAAUGUUCGACACUUGUCAGACUUCACUCAUCAACUCAUAUGGUGAUAAGACUUGAAUCUAAUCGCAGUGUUCAGAUGUCUAGACGGGUUGGUACUUUUUUAUGAGUGCAAACCAGGACUGUAAACUCCACUUUACUGUCGGUAUCUUUAAAUUUACUCUUUCAGUCUUUGGUCACUAUUAUUGGCUUUGUAAAAUCUUUCUAAAUGAAACUUAAAAUCUGAUAUCUGCAUGCCUUGGGGUUUUGUUUUCAUGGGAUAACUGAUUUAAAUGCAGUUCUCUUAUAUUUCAUGCGACUCUCUGCUUCUUUGUGUUCAUAUAUCUGUAUGUGCGUGUGUUCCUCUGAAUCAGAGAGGGCCCUUUUUGUUCUCUGCGCUCGCAGCACUGUCAUAAGUUUGUGUCUCAUGUUUAACCCCCAGCUUCAAAUACUUAAUGGUUUAUUUUGCUCUCCCUCUCGCCUUCUCACCCUUUAGUCAGCCCCCAUGUCCAUAAAGAUUUGCCUCACCCAUGCUUCCCCCCCUCUAUGUGUAUACAGUCUAGCUCCACUUUCACGACCACGAGUUUUUGAGCGGGUGCCGGUGACUGAUAAUAACCUCCUACUGAUGGAUGAUACCAGUUCGAUUACCAAUAUUUGGAACUGCGAUGCAUUGACAGUAAAAAUUAAAAACUUUACAUAAAAAAAAUGAAUUAUGAGAAACUUCCAACUCUAAGAAUUUACAAUGCAGAUAUCUGACAUGUCCAAACUCAUUGGCCAAUAGUGAUAAUAGUACCAAUAAACAUACCAGGUCGCUCCUCUCUGUUACUCUAAUUGUGACAACAAGAACAAUAUUUAUAUCAGAGGAAAUGUUUAUAUCUUCAGGAUAAUUAACUUGUAAACUAUUAUCUGCAGAAACAGAUAUGAUGCUGAUAAUGUCAUGCAUCCCUAUUCGACACAAAACUUUCCUUAAAUGUCUUAAAUUAAAAAAUCAAAACGGAAACAGUCAGCAUCAUAUAAAGAGUUAGCAGUUAACCACUUAGACAGAUAUUAUGGUUAUAUAUGAUUGCAUGAUGUCAAGCCAAUCAGAAAGUGCUGCAGGGGGAACAUUAAGACACAGAGAGGAAAAAGACACACUGCCAUUGGAGCCAAAGUAUCACACAUCAACAAAGUAAUUUUUGACCACCUGUCAUAAAAGCCCCAAAGAAAUAAUUGGCCAAAUGUCGAGUAUCGGCCCCUAUGAUUGCCUUACGUUGAUCACAAGUCUACCGCCAAACAAGAGCACUCCUGAACACGUAAUUUCCCUGUUUUCCAGCCUCAAAGCAUACUCACAGGACUACUGAACUACUGGGGUGUCUAACUCGGUGUUACGGUGUGUUUGACCCGAACUUAAUUUUACGCCGGAAUAUCCCUUUAAGAAGAUUCUGAGUACAUCUGCAAUAUGCUCUAUGGUCUUUCUUGAGAGGAUAGAACAUCUUUUUCUUUUUUAAAAACAUGGAGAAAAAUAUACUUUUAUAAAUACGAAUACAUGUCUGAAUGCAGCCUUUGUCAGUCAGUCACUCUUUCAGCUGCUGUCUCUCAGUGUGUCCUGUAAGAUGAGUAGACUUUCUGUGUUGCCAACCAUUCAGUUUUCACCAGGACCUGUCAUAACAAAUCCACCAGACCAUUUAAAGGUCUCUAACUGAUAAGGCAUCAUGAAAGAUUAGCUUUUGGUGAGUCUGUUGCAGAAGACUUAACUUAAAAUUAGGUGUAAGUUUGCCGUUUUCUACCCCUCUACCCUCCUCUUCUUCUUUCUUCCACAGUCCUUUGCAGUCGUCCUAAGAAUCGUGCACCAGUGUUUACAGCAUGUAGGCACCACAGACAGUAUAUCUUACACAGAAAGCCUUUCAAAGAUCAGCAACCCUGUGGGAUUUAUGCCUCCAGUCUCUGUGUUCAUUCAUCACCUCCAUGCUGGCAGCAGGGUAUUUGUCAAAUCAGCUUAAGGUGCAUGCAGUGACCCAGGCUUAAACCUCCUCCCUAGCCCACCUUUGGGGCCCCCACAGGUAAACAGGACCCCAAGACUCUGUUUUCCAUGGUGGUCCUUCUUUGUCCUCUCUCAUCUACCCAUUGCAUCCCUCCCUCUUCAACUUAGCCCUGUCAGAGAGAAAGAAACAGCUCUUGAACAGAAACAGUAAUAAGAAGGGAAAAAAAACACAGAUUUCUCUCAUUUAUGUGCCUUAAAUAUCCUCCAAAACAUCCAAGGUCUUUACCAGGAUAUCGACAAACACUAUCAGGAACCCGCGGACGCCGUGCGGGGUUACAUCAGUUCUUUAUUAGCGAGAUCUGCCUCUAAAUCUCUUCCUGUUGUUCUAUUUAGAGAUGCCCUCGAAUUGGUAAACACUCGAGCUCCGAGAGAACAGAAACACGUCAGCUGCAGCUCUGACAGGAUCUCAACUUCAACCGACUUCUUACUCAACUGGGUUUCUUACUUAUCAGAUAAAAAAAAACACCCUGAUAAACAAGCAGAUAUGGAGGAGAAGUCAUGAUUAGUUUAAAUUGUAAUUAUGCAAGUUUCACAUGAAGCUUUCAUCCAGGGGGAAUAAAUCUACAUCUGUGGUUUUAGUGACUUUUUAGUGUUAGAUAAUUUAGCAAAGCUGAUUAGUUUCCUCUUAGUUGUUAGUCACUUUAAGUAUUUUUUCAGUUUCCAGUGUGCGCUGACUUAAUUUAUGUGGAAUUUAAAUUUGAUUUUAACAUUAAAGUCCCACUCUGAUUGUUUUUUUUUACUACUUAAAGUGUUAUCAGUCGUAUUUAAUUUGUGAUUAUGAAGUUUUUAGCCAAAAUUACGUUACCUGUGUCAUUUUCAAGGUCUUUUCUUCUGCAGAGCUCUUGUAGCUCAUUAGUAAUUCACCUCUGAGUUGUGGGCGGAGACAGCGCUGCUCCGCACACUUGUAGCCUAACAUCAUCAGUGUAGUAGAAGAAGCAGGUAACAUAGGAGCUGUUUAGCUCUUGGACACUAAUGUCUUUGGGGGCAUGAUAAAAGCUAAAUCAUAAUUAGCGAUUAAAUCACAAACAGCUAUUUGAAUGCAGAAAUACUCAGAAAUGCAAUUUCGCACUUAGUUUUCUCAUGAUAUGUCCUGUAGCAUCAGAAAAAUGCUAUUUGAAGAUGUAGACAACAAGAAAAACAUGAUUUUCAUCAGAGUGGGUCUUGGUUGUUUGAACUUUUUACUACUUCUGGUCGAGUUUUAGCAGGUUAAAUUAAGAGACUUUAUGCAGCAAACAGAGAAACACCUCAAAGUUUGAGACACUUUCAGCAUUCGUGUUUAGAGAGUGGACAUCAUUUCAUAGCCGGGAGGUCAGCACUCGACAGAACACAGUCCUAACACAGAAGCGAACUUUCCGACCAUUGUGGUGCUGUAAUGGUGUGGAACAAAGUGAUGAGUAGACUGCAUCAGCGCUCCAUGCUUCAUUACCUGUGUGUGUAUGUGUGUUUGUUGGGGUCUGUGCGGCACCUUGUUGUUUCUGGUUCACUCGCAUGCUUUCAGCUCCAGCAGAGGAGAGUGAAGUUGUCUACGUCAACGCUUCAGGGCUACCUCAGGUAACCACGGAUGGCUGUUUCUUUUCCCUUUGACUAACACGAGAAAUAGGCACCACUGACGAAUAGAUAAUCUGAUGCGUUUGCACUGCGCUCUGAUCCUCUCUCAUGGGCUUUGAGCUUUUGCGUAAAACGCCGUUUGGUUACCUAUCUAUAUUAGGGUGUGUGUCAGUCUGAUUUUUGUUCUGUUCUGCUUGGUUUCAACAUGACUCACCAAUAACAUAUGAGUUAAAACUAAAAUGAACAGUGGUCUUAACAGAGUCUCAUUUUUCAUUUGGGUUUACCUCUGAUCCACUCAGUUUCUGUGUCUAUUAUGGAAAGCCCACUUUUUAUUAUAACAGAGUUUUUGUGCCCUGCUCUCGCCUGUGUCCUCUGUCUACUCUUUUGUCCUCUCUCUAUGUUUGGCAUUCAGCCGCUUAUGAUGACAUAGACAAAACUGAGGAUGAGAAGGAGGGAGAGAGGAGAGAGAAGGAUUUUAGCACUGAGACGAUAACUGAGAGUUUAUUCCCAGCUGAAAAGCAUCGUUCACAAUAUUGAAAAGCAAAUUAUCAGGGUUUGCAAAGUUAAAGCUCCUGUUUGGAGUUUUUAUCUGAUUAUACAACAAACUUAAAUUAACUUCUGUAUGUUACAUGGCGGUAACUAUCACAAGAGGCAAAGUGUCAGACCAGAACACUCAGUUUGAGUGAAAAGGUACCUUCACAUGUUUAAGACAAGGUCAGCAAGAGCUAUCACUUUGUCCACAGGGGGCGCCAAAAUCAAUACAAUAGAAAGUUUAACAUCUCAAUGCAUUUAAUUCCCAGCCAACAGGAUCAAGGAAGGCGAGUCACUUUCGAGGAUGGUCCAACAUGCAGAGAGUGUGAUAAGUUUGUCAAUAUGCGAAACCUUAGGGUUAGGGCUGGGCGAUAAACCGAAAAUUUACCGAUACCAAAAUUUACGACAAUAACCAACGUCAUUUUGCCCACAACGGUAUAUUGGUAUGUCCCUUUAAGACGCUGUCCUAUGUCAGAGACCUGACUUACAGUUACGGUUGAAAAAACUUCGGCAUUUGGUCGCUUGUGUUUUUGCUGCAACUGGACAAAUAUCCACCUUUUCUCUCUAAAACGCACCGGAUAAAGUUAGCGAAGAGGACAGGGUUAUCUAAGGAUGUGUUCAUGGUUGGGUUGGAAAACGCGUUCAACUGUUACAUCAAGAAAAUUAGGAUAAACUCAAAUCAUAAUACUUUUUUUUCAAGCAAUAUAAAACAGAUAUUACAUUGAGAAUAGUUGCCUGUUUGACCGACUAAAACGAGCUCUAAUCCUGAUUUUUAAAAUAAAUCUGUAGUCAAUUACACCGCUUUAAAAGGGAUUGGAUGGUAAAAAAAGAGUCAAUUUUGCAAACUAAAUCAACAGAAAUGCAGUUGUGUUUUGCGUAGCUACCACAGCGCAGAGCUCUGAGUAUGAUAAAUGGCACCGCCUCAAACUUUCUGGCCCCGACGUUGGUACAGAACAAGAUGAGACACAUUGCAGCUACAAUCUGCUCACCUUGGAUCCUCCUCCGCAGCUGACAUCAAACCUUUUCAAAUCAUACUGCCCUCUUGUCCUGAGUCCCUUUGUUUGGGAACCAGAGGCCAGAACAGUACGAGGACUUGUUAGAGGCAGACACAAAGUCCUCACUUGAUUCCUCUGACCUAAGAGGAGAGCAUGUGGGUGGCGGUGGAGAUCAGAGGGGAGUUAGAGAGAUGCUGCAUGGUACAGACUAGAGUCUGGCACACAUGAGGAUUGUAAUACAUGACAAUGUAUCCCUGUGUGGUUGUAAGGGGCUAUUUACUGGUGCAGUCUCGUUGUUUGGUUUGAACAGAGGUCUGUUUUGAAGGAGGGGGUGACAUUUUCCCUCUGUGGAGAAAAUCACUGUAGAUGUACGAGAAAGAAAAAGAAAGAGUGAGGGAGAGAGGGAGGGAGGCCGUGUGUCAUUGUGUGUGUGUGUGUGAAAGUGAAGGUGCGCAAGCCAAUGUUCAUUCCUGCUCAGAUCCACAAGCAACGAGUCAGGAUGCUUACGGUACCCUGUUGUCAUAGCGACGGCGGGGAAGCGAGAGAAGCCUGCUCAUUGCGCCACCUGAUUGUGAGUGUGUGUGUGAGUGUGUGAGAGUGUUAUAGAGAGAGAAAGAGAGAGAGAGAGGGAGCGGGGGGAGAGGCUGGGAAGCAGAGACAGAGAGUUGCGCAGAAGCGAUGGAGAGACAGCCUUUUUGCUGUGAUCAGUGUUUUCAUCAGUAGCCUUGUUCUUUAGCUGCUGUGUCGUGGGGAUUGCAGUCAUUCUGCCACUCAGGCUCUCACUCGCUCACUAACUUGGAUGCUCCGCUCACCCGCACACUCUCCAACCUGAGUGCGCGCAUAGACUCAGCGCACACGCACGCACGCACGCACACACAGCCACCGCUGUGCUUGGAUGGCAGGAUGCUGCAGCCGUGUGACAUGUGUGUCAGGUGUGUAUGAGAUGGGAUCCUCGUGUUUCGAUUCCCAUGCACACUUUGACACACUCACACUUUGAUUUGAUGCUCGGUGCCUCUGACAGGCUGAGGGACUCACAGCAGGCCUGGCCAGGGACCCUCCAUGCCAUGGUAAAUACCUCUGCUGACGGUCUCUUGUUGUUUAUCCUGUUUAGGACAAACUCCAUCUUCUGACGCUGGGUUUGUUAUUGAAGCGUGUGAAGUGUUGUUGCUUGGUAGUACAUCACACGAGUAAAUGAGAGUUCAGGGGACCAUCGGGGGCUGUUGUAGGCUCAGCUGUGUUUGAGUCUGACUCUUAGUUUUCUUUUGAGUCCUGCAGGGAUAGUGCUUGCUCUUUAAGAAAAGGAGGUGUUGUGUUUCUUUUUCUUCUCCAUCUUAAGAAAGUUUGCUCUUAUCUGAAUGCAGAUGUUGCAACCUUGAUUAUUCUGGAGCGUUUGAGCCUCCCUCUCCCGCUGCAGUCUGCCUGUGCAUGUGUUUAUGAGACUCUCCGGCUCUUAAGCUCUACCUCCCCUCCUCUCCUCCUGCUGGCUGUGUUCCCUCAGGCAGUGACUCUGCGUUAGCAAGAAGUGUAUGUGUGUAUGUGUGUGUGUGUGAUCUGCAUGCUCACAUUGUGUUAUGGAGAGUGUGCCAAGCAUCACAGUAACCUUAGGAUGUACGUAGCUGGAGGGACAAAUCAGGCACAAAAAAAAAAAAAGAGAGAGAGAGAUUAUGAAAGGAGAUGAAAGGAUACAGACUCACUAAAUAAGAGAGAGCGAGCAGACCGAUGCCCUCAAGGCAACAGUCUAGCUGACUGCUGUGUUAAUGUCCCCGUCCUAGUUACAUCGUGAUGUUGGUAUGGUUGGAGCGGUUUGUUGUUCCUGUACAUGUGAAGACAAGAGUCUCGCUGUCUGCAUGCCCCUUCCUCUCUUAUUGUGAUCAGUCUAUCAGAUACCUCCUCCUCCUCUUCUCUCAGUGUGUUAGCAUAAAGGUGGCAGCACUUUUCUGCUCGCUGCUUUAGGCAAACACGAUCACUCUGCUCCUGUCUGCUUCAAGGCUUCCUCUCUGUCCUCUCUAGUCUUAUGGGGGAAAAGUUGUGGAGAUGAAAAUUUUUUCAUGUUCACUUUAACAGCCUCUGUGUGUGUAGAUAUUAAUUUUUAUAAUACUGGUCAAUAAUCUGUUGAAUUCGAGUCUUGUGUUUGACUUUACAGAAAAUAAUGUGGUCAUUUUUAUUCUUUAAAUUCAUGAUCUUCAGCUCAAAAUCACUGAAAGCCUCCGCCUGAAACUCUGGCUGCUUCUCCAGCCAAACAAAGUCUGACACAGCUUGAUGGUGUUACUUUUUACACAGCUAUAUAUUUAGCUACAGCAAUAUUUAUAUAUAUUUCAAGAGGAAUUAUCUUCUAUAUCUUUUUUGGGUUACAAAUAGGGCCUCAAAUCAAUCUCAUGAUAUAUUGAUCAGUUCACCUUGAUAACGAUAAUUGGACGAUAACUUCUCCACAAGCUGCUCACCCCCUCCCACAUUAACUCUGUCUAGUUCGGUCGCCCCAACUUUUGAACCGUCCUCCAUCUCCUUACCUGUCUUUCCCUCUUUGUUACGGACUGGAUGGGGUGGAGUCACAUAUCUGACAUAGGGCGGCGUGUUAAAGGGACAUGAGAUUAUAGCCUACCUACGCACAUCCAAAACCAACUUUUAUUUAUUUAUUAUUUUGACACCAAAUAUACUGACAUGGGCAGAAUGAUGCUGGUUAUAGUCGUAAAUUCCAGUAUCUGUAAAUUUUCGGUUUAUCGUCCAGCCCUAAAACAGACUGACAUUAUUUCUGACCUACAGAAGUAAACCAAAACCAUCAGGGACGAGGCUGGCGGGGUUUAGGUGUCUGAUUAACAGAUCAACUAAAACGACUAAGACAGCUUUUUCUCACAUUUCCAAAGCAAUGCUUUUCAAUUUAAGUUAAAAACAGCAAAGACGAGAAGGGAAACAGGCGCACAUGUCCACAGGAGGGCGCCAAACUCGACACAAUCCUAAAGUUUCUCACAGGUGCUUUAAAGAUGCAGGUUCAAAGGAGAUUUGAAGUCAAACAUCAAUUUAAACAUCAGAUAUACUCAUGCAGUUUACAUGCAGAUACUGUCAAAAUAAAUGAAAAUAAAUAUCAGUAUCGGUCAAUUUUCGGUUUAUCGUCCAGCCCUUGUUACAAAGGAAAUUAUUUCAGGUGGAGCAGUGUAGUCUUGGUCUUAAUUACAGUGGAAUACAUGAGACAGCUUUUGCAAGAGAUGUGGAUGUUAUUAAGGAGGAGAAAAAGGUGUUACAACAUCGUUAAUGACGUGCAGUGCUGAUGCAUCGAUAAGAGCGCUCUAUUGUGACCUGUUCUUGUCAUAUGCAGUGUAAGAGGAGGUGUUGUGGGCUGGAGCAGUCUUGUACAUUUUGAAGUGGGACACAUUUCUCCCACUCAGCUGCAUGCCUCUUUUGAAUAAAUCUGUCAUGCUGCUUUUAGCUGCAACAGCCUUUGAACAAACUUCACAGUUGGCUCUGGUUUGACACUGCAAAACUGAAAAGCAGUCACAAACGACUGACAACACACUCUUCGUGAACUUUAGCAGCUCCUGUCUAAGAGAGUCUAUGUCUGUAGGGAGUGAAGGAGAAGGAAGAGAGAAAACCCAGAUUUUCAUUUUUGAGAGUCAACCUUCACCACUAAUUUUGUUAAAUUGAUGGAUUAAUUCAUUGCCCAGCUGCAGUAAGCUGUCUGAACUCAGUCCUGACUAGGGCUGGGUAAUAAACCCAAAAUUUACCGAUAUGGAAAUCUACGAUAAUAACCAAUGUCAACUUGGUGUCAAGAAAAUAAAUAAAUAAAUAAAAGUUGGUUUCGGAUGUGUGUAGGUAGGCUAUGGUCUCAUGUCCCUUUAAGAAGCCGCCCUACGUCAGAUAUGUGACUCCACCCCAUCCAGUCCAUAACAAAGAGGGAAAGACAGGUGAGGAGAUGGAGGAUGGUUCAAAAGUUGUAGCGGCUGAAGUAGACAAAGUUAAUGUGGGAGGGGGUGAGAAGCUUGUGGAGUAGUUAUCGUCCAUUUAUCAUUAUCUAGAUGAACUGCUCAAUAUAUCGUGAUAUUGAUUUGAGGCCGUAUCGCCCAGCCCUAGUCCUGCCUCACAAUAAAGGAAAAAACACAGACAGCACUCCAGCUUCUGAUACUUGAUUUAAAAAUACGCUGAUGCUUGGCUGGCUUUGUAAAAACUGUGAUCACACUGCCCUUAUCUCACUGCACUCCCACAUGUUAACCAGCCCACAGCGGUUUCACUGUGUACAUAUGUUAAUGUGUUAAUCAAGUGUGCAAUCAAUAAUUUAUCCCUUCAGUGUGUUCGGCAGUUGAAACACGAGCCAGCCAGGGGCUUCCUGUCUCUCAUUCUUCCUCGUUGUUCAUCGUCUGAGAGGAGGGGAGCACUUGGCUGAGCUUUCUGCUUUCUGCAUAUUCAGGCCUGCAGUUAUUAAUAUUUGAUAGCUUUGACUUCAUACCGUCGCAGCCAGAUGUCCAAACAGCGCGCACUCAGGACCUGGAUGUUUCCUCUGUUGUUUCUCUGACGCUUUAACACUUCUGUUAUGUCGCCUGACCUGGUUUCAAGUCCACGACGCUCAGUGUUAGAGGUUUAUCAUCCAACCUUCAUGUGAUCAUUAAAAAGAUGGAAAGUUACAAGAUGAUCAUGCCUGAAGCUAAGAGUGAAGCUGCAUCUGUUUCCCUGAACAUAGGUCCCUUUUUAAUAUUUAAUGAUGUUGCUAACUGGGGCGCUAUUUUUUCAAAUAAACCAUCUUCUUCUUCUUCUUCUACAUCUCUAAAAAUGAACCGUUUCUUUCCUUGUCGUUACAGGAAGAAUGCAAGCAGAUCAUGGCACGCCAGAAAUCUAACAGCCAGUCAGACUCGCAUGAUGAUGAGGUUUCUCCCCCACCGCCCAACCCUGUCGUCAAGGCCAGGCGCCGCAGGGGAGGGGUCAGCGCCGAGGUCUACACCGAGGAGGACGCUGUCAGCUACGUACGCAAGGUCAGCCUCAGAAGUAACGUCGAUGCACAGUCACUAUCUGUCACACACAUUCAGUGCACACGUACUUGUGUAUUACAUGUUUUCACUCAGAUACAUGCAAAAAAAAUCAAUAUAGAAUGUGUGUAUGUGUUAGAAAAGUGCUUUUUCAUGGAAGGGGGGAAUUAAAAAUACAGUUUAGGUUCAUUUUUGGUGACAACUUCUCAAGAAUACGCAUGUGAAUACUGAACUAGAAGACAGCAGCGGAGAGGGAACUAAGCGAUGUAAAUUUACUACAGCAGGAUAUAAGCACACUUAGACUCUUAAAUGAGUUGAUUUACCGCAAGGGAACAGCGUGUGAGUCAGCUGCUGCACUUAUGUUCGGCUCAGAUGUUCAGAUUUGACUUUGCGAUAUUACAUAAAGGUGAUUAAUUUUAUUUUGACUGGGCCUCACAUUCAGGGGUUCCUUUAUUUUUAUCUUCAUGAAUAUUUACGGGUAUAAGCGAAAACUCUAGUUCCUUAACCUGAGUCAAAGUAUUGGUGCUCAAGUAUUGUGAAAAAAAGAUGCAGAACAGUUUUUCUUAAAUCACCGUGUCCUGCAUUUUCCCAUUAUCAUUCUUUUACAGACAUGCAUCCAUGUUUGAAUCGUCAUAUAACAUGAAUAAAUGCCUCGAAGUUUAGCUUGUAUUAAAGCUGUACAUUCAGAGUGGUUUUAAUGUUGUUGGCAGGGGUGAGUUUUUUUUUAAUUUCUAUACCCCUGAUGUUUACGAAAUUCACAACUGCUCAAAGUCAUUCAAUGACACACUGGGGUGGCCAGAUUCAUCACAGUUUGACUGUUACCACAGUGUGAGGUGCAGUCUGCUGCAUUUAACCGAUAGAAAUAGAACAUAAUGUUCACGUGCUUAAACAAGUCACUUGAAUAGUUAAAAUCAGACAAGUCUUUUAUUUUACAGAAGGAUUGGUCUCCCUUUCACAGAGGCCGCCACCUUGCACUGCCAUGGUAGACCAAAAGAUUACAGUACUAAUAACAUGUGUCAUUUUAAAGGAGGGUGAGCGAGGGAGCAGUCCAAUCUGGAAUCUAACGACUGAAUAUUCCCCAUUUCUUCAAACUUCUUUUCAAAAUUGUCACUUUGUCUGAAUUAACCCAGUUAUUCUUUGAAACAAGUGAAGCUUUCUCAGCAUGCAAACAGUUAACCCUUUUGAAUGGGGCUUUUAAUUGAGGCCCCGAGUAUAAUGGAUGUGAACUUUCUGUGAGUCUCCGCUCUGUUGAUAUUGGUGUCACGGUGAAAAAAAAAAAUACUGUGAUUCAUUUAGAUUUAUUUAUUUAAUUUAAUCUUCACAGUGAUGAUUUCUCACAGUCUCUCACGGUUAAUAAGAUCAGUAAAUUAGCCGGUAAUGAGCCAUGAUUGCAAACACAAUAAGGAUAUAAAACUAUUUUCUCAUCACAUUGCAACCUGAAGUGUCUUCUUAUUUGCAUAUUCUCUGUAAACACACGUAUUGUGCAAAACCCUAAAAAUAAAACAAACCUCCUGUCGUUGUCACAAACAUUAUGAACAUCAUCUUCUUUAUGGCUUUUAUCCGAGUCGCAGUUUUGUACAAAUGGAUGUAGGAGAGUAAAGCUGAAGUGCCUUUUUUUGUACGGCGGGUUUCAUGUUUUAUCAUCGUCAAAAGCAGCUGUUUUAGUUAUCUGUCAACUUGAAACCUGCCAUGUGUCCAUUUUAAUUUAAUGGCAGGAUAGGAAAGGGUGCUCUCUGCCAGGAACUAUAACUCACCUCUCUACUCCUAGAUUACAGCAGGAGCAAACACACACACACACACACACAAUCUUACACACACGAUCUUACACACACUCAUUCAUACGCUGCAUGCGUACACAAACACACCCAAGUGAUUCUCCGCUAUUAUGACCAUGCUUGUUAAAUUAAAAUUAAGCUGACAUGCUAUUUAUUGCUGGGUAAUGACAUAGCUACACGAACCCCCUUGUCACCACGCUGUAAUCCCAUGGUCGCCGGAGCAUGCAGAGUUUGAGUGUGUCAGGUAUGUGCACACACCCACGGGCGUUUGUGUUUAUGGCUCUGAGGUCUCUACCAGACACUGCAGUCCUGUGUCAUGGCAACAAGCCGGCCCUCAUCUCCUGCCUCAAUUUCUUCCCUGCCCCUCAAUAUCACACACACUCAGAGACACACACACACACAGAAAUGGACUCAACCUGCCACGUCAGCUGCUUGUGAAAAAUAAAUGAGUUCAGGUAUCUUCACACAACGUCAGAAGUGAAUUAAGUUGCUUCAACAUGUGGUAACACACACACAUGCGCGCUCGCAGCAUGUGUGCUGACAUCCUCCCGCAUCAUCAGUUUCAUUAAUGACACCGCUGUCAGGGUGUUCAACAGAAAUAAAUCAAUUAGCUAACCCCGCUCAUCUGAUUAAAAGGAGCUCUGCUGUGAUGUGCUGCGAGAGUCUCAACAAAUCGGGCCUGCGGAUCACAUCAGCAGACUGACCUGAAGAGCUGGCAGCGCCAACGGGUGAGGUCAUCACCUUUAAGAGGUUGGAAAAAAUGGACAUGAAGUGAGAUAAAAUAAAGGUUCCAGUGGUAUUAAAGGUGGGGUAGGCAGGAUCUGAGGAAGUGCCUGUUUUUGGGAGAAAUGUUGAAUGUAAAAAGUAACCCUACCAACCAGUAGAUGCCAACAGACUACCAGCAAACACAAUGUUUGCAGGACUUCUACUACUAGGAUAAAGUGACAUAGUCCAGGACCCGAGGUCAACAGUUUAGCGGCGCUACAACUCACAGCAGGUCCAGACACUUGUCUUACUUUGUUGAAGCGGUUUACCUGUCCAGCAGAAAGGUUACAGGGUCACGAAGAUCCCAAAGCGCCCCCUAUCGUUUAUGCCGAUGUUGACCCAGUUUCUUGGCUCUUGUCCGGGUGGUCUACCUCUACCUUUUGCAAUGCAAAAGUUUACAAACCCCGAGCAGAGCAAGGAGCCCAUGGCGCCUGUGCAGCCGAAACAGCUGACCAUUCAGUCCGCCUUCUCUAGCGCAACGCCUAACGACAAAACGUUAAAGAGACACAAAGACCUCACAGAUGCAGUAGCUUAUUGUAUUGCAAAAGACAUGCUACCAAUAAGCACUGUUAAACUUAUUUGAGUCAUGUCCCAUCUGUUAACAUGAAGAAGGAGGACUUUCUAACUUAUUGCCAAUAAAAGCAACUAAGGAAAUCUGUCUUAUAAGUCUGAGUCUUUCAAAAGCUGACAUCUAAUGAUGCCCCGUGCGGCGGCACUGCAGCUGGAUCCUGUGGGGGAAGAUUCAGUGCCUGACCCGAAGUCUGUAUCUGGAAAUGACUUCUAUCACUGAGCCUGUUUGAGUGACUCCAUCCUCCUCCAGCUCAGUUUCCCAGCUGGGCCAGCCUCGUCUUCUUUGUGUCCACUGAGUGGCCGGGCCCGUGUUCUGCAGAAAGAUGAAAAAUUUGGUACUUUUUAAGCCCCAUGUGAUGUGGUUUUGUGUGUAUUUGUGUGCAUGAUGUGAACAGUGCUGCGUGGUCUUCUUCAUGUGGAGACAUCUGUUGCUUUAACGUAAUUACAGCUUUCCCCCUCCUACCCCUUGCACCAGAGACAAAACGCACACACACACACACACACACUCCUCACCCUCUUCAAGCUCUUCUACGAGGAUUUACUCCGUUCCUUCCUUUAUUUUCUUGCUUUUUUGUUUUUCUCACCCUCUGAAUUGAGUUCACUUCGAGGAUGCCACUUUGUAUAUGCAGACUUCCAUGACUUAUUUGCGGCUACAGACUUUGCAAUCCUUUUUCCAUGAUCACACGCACACACACACUGGCAGACAACCCACAGAGUCUGGGACAUGAAAAUGCAUGUUUUAUGAAUGAGUUCAGGCCUCUCUUGAAUUUUUAAGGGCUGUGUGACAUUUUGAGUGUAAUCCCUGAACAGAUGGGCUUUCCCAAAAAUACACAGACACACGUGCGGGAUCUUUCUUUCAGAGUUUGCCAAUACGCUGCUCUUUAAUUACUCAAUUUAGUCUGCUUUGAAGUGGGGCCCAUUAUGUGUUUCUGCUGGUUUUUUCAUGUGUCCACCUGCACAGUGUUGAUGUAAUCUAUUUUACAAUCUAGGUUACUGCUCUGUCUUAACAGGUGAUUCCAAAGGACUACAAGACCAUGACGGCCUUGGCAAAAGCCAUCUCCAAGAAUGUGCUGUUCGCUCAUCUGGAUGACAACGAGAGAAGGUACCGAAUGUCUACUAUUCAAAUCUUUAUCAAACCUUAGUGGGCAAAGUUUAUCAUCAAUUUCCAGUUCGUUUGGAGAAGUUCACUGAUUGAACCGAGAAAAAGGCCAAUCUUUGCAUAACCAGACCAGAGUUUAGGGUUGUUUUUACACCUGAAAGUCCGAACUAAGGUCUGUGUUUUUGUUACAUAGUGUACAUGAGGCCGGUCCGAGGAAGUCUCAUGAAUUUGAUUGUUAGACAACAACUUUAUCGACAUUGACAGGAAAGGAAAAUAAAGGAUGCUGUCCUGCAAGUCAUUGCAACAUCUACUCAGGAGAAAAGUAUGUGUCCAUUCAACAUAAUAAUGGAUACCUCUACUCCUUGUGUGAUGUAAAGGAGCUACCGUUAGCCCACCCUCCAGUAAUUUCCUGUCUUUGGUACAAAGUACUGAACCUUUAAAAAUAAUGCUUUCAGACUGGGCAUGAACCACACCGUGGUUCAGUUUGGUCCAGAUCGAGACCACCUCUUUUGGUCAGACCAAGGUCUGGCUGUUUCACAACGUAGGUGUGAAAGCCCCCUAAGGUAGUUGCUUCAGUUUUUGUAGCGUGUUUCUCCAAGUGAAGAUGACUUGGGCCACUGUGGAUGAUUUGCCCACGUUAGCCGCCGUACAUAAGAAAAUAUAUUAGUUUUCUUUGUUGUUUCAGCAUCUAUUUCCAUCUAUGAAGCCAGCACAAGCAUGACAUCAUUCACUGCGCUGCGAUGUUGAUUUUAUUACAUGGUAUUUGGAGUGAAAGUGAUAGAAUAGGUGCUUCAGUGGGGACAAGAAUGGGGGUGGGGGUUUGGAUAUUUCCAACACGAUUGUGUCGAGUCCAAAAUUUGUCUGGAUUUGAAUUUUUUUUAAAGUUGACCACCCUAGACUAUAAAACGUGAUGCCAGCAAUCCAAAUGUGUGUGUGAAAUCAGAAUUCAGGUCCAUAAAUCAGGUUCCUUUUGAGUGAAGUGCCCUUUUGACCACUGAGUGACAGUGUUGCCUGCCUUUGGGAGCAUCUCUGGUCAUUGGGGACGCCGACAACAACAGCAGAAGGUGUAGCAAGAGUAGAGGUGCGCUUCGAGAAUGGAUAAGGGAGCGGCUGUAUGUGUCUCUUGGUUGCUAGGGUAACCCAGAUUGCAUUUUCAGACAUCGGCUGAAACACGCCGCUGAGAGAUGAACAAGUCUCCGAAGCGGUUACAGUAGUGAGUGAUGCCACUUUCACAUCUGCUCUUUUUCUUGUUCCUUCACAUUCCUCCUCGUUCGACCAUCCUCCCUCCAUCCCGCCAUCUGUCCCAGAUCUCCACUGAUAGCCCCGCUCUGGCUGUGACAGGGAAGAAUGGUGUUGUGGGAAAGACUCUCAGGUGGCUGGCGGUUCAGACAGCCAGCCGGAAUAGUGUUUCAUUGGCGGGGAGAAUCCAUUACACCCCAUGGCGAGGAAAACACCGGAGCUUUCCUGUUGGCUGCUAAAGCCCCCACAGACCAAACCCAAAACACGCUCUUUCCAGUCUUUCGUCAGCUGACAAUUUACCGUGCUCCCUUGGCACAGGCACGCAGGCCUCUGAUUGCACGUCAGUGCCUCUGAAGCAGCCCCGAGUGAAGUACAACAUGUGAUAGAUCUGGACAGUCUGAGAAACCAUGUACUUGGGUGGCUAAUGUGGCAGAUUAGAGUUACAGCACAGAAAUAUAUGGCGGUAGACCAUAAACCAUCAGGUUUUAAUGUACUCGAGACCUCUUGGCGAGCUAAGCUAUGUACUGGCGACAUGGCCGACCCUUAAAAUCAUGCAUGAUGUAGAAUCUAUUCGACUAGCUGUCAUGUUUACUGUUUCACUAAACAAAGCUAGCAUCAGUCGUUUCAGAUAGCGCUGCACACAGAGAUGGUGAGAUUCAUGGGCGAACAUGCAGCUAGUAGCUCUGACGGCUCUUAGCUCAUGAAAAGCUUGUCUGAUUUGCUAAAUUGCGCAGGAAACAUGGCAGUUAGUUGGCUUUACCGUCCUCUGACUACUCCACUCCUUCUGUCACUCUCACAGUCCCCCCCCUCCCCUCUUCCUCUGUAUUUUCUCUCUCUGCACUCCCAGCUGAUGAUGCUGGACGGCUGGCUAUUUGGCUGGCUGGUGGCUCGGUCUCACUGCGGUUUUGUUGCGGUAGUUGCGCCUGCAGCCCCUACUGACAGAAGUCUACAGAUGUACGGCCAAUGUGUGGUCGGUGAGAGUGAGUGAAGAACUGCACACAGCGACCCAGAAUCCUUAGCACACGGCUCUUUUCCUCUGGUGUUUAGUGAACGAUCAGAUUGGUAAUGUUUGUCACAAAGCUUUGCCCACGCAGAAGCACAUUGAAUUUCUGCUUUUCUUGAAGUUUGUUAAUGCGUGAUCAAUCAGACUAGAUUAUAUCCCUGUUACUAAAGGUAGCUCAACAGAAAUGAAGCUUUAAGCCGGUUAUUUUUCUUGUUGAUGCCUUCUGUCGUUGGCAGAAGCACAUUGACUCCUUUAGAGGAGCCAGAACUGUCAGGAGCUGACGCACAUGAGCAGAUGGAGUCUCUUACUCUCUCUCUCUCUCUCUGUCUUUCUGUCUCUCGCUCCUCUUCUGUUGCUUUCUCCUCUCUUGUCCAAAACAGCUGCCCAUGAAGGUUAUCAGGCAUACUUACAAAUGUGCUCUCAUUGGGUUUGAGGAAAGACUGACAGGUCUACUUCUGACUGACUCUUGUUUGACGUUUUGGUUUCUUUUUCUGUUUUCUAAAAUUAACAUCUUCUCACGUUCAUAAAAUAUCUUUUUUUUUUUGUUUCAUUUUAAGGAUUGCGUGUAGGAAAAAAAAGGAGCUGUGUCAAGGAAACAUCUUGUGUGAUUAGUCACUCAGCAGUUAUGUAAGCCGAACACAACACGAUUUGUUCUCCCAUUAGCACUAUAUUAUGCUAUCAUCCCCUUCAGUAAUGAGCAGGAUCCAAAACAAUGAAGCCCUCUCUGUUUCUCUCCUCUCUCCAAUGCUCUCUGUUACCUCUCAUCACUUCUUUUCUCGCUGCCCUCUUUUCUCCUUGCCUUUUUUUAUCUUCUCUGUAUAGUUUAGAGCCCGUCCAGCCUUCCUUCUCCAUUACUCAUCUGUCUUCCGAAGAAUCCGCUCUCCUGGCACUGGAAACAGGACAUUUUUGUUUGUUGAUAAGGUGUCCUUUUCCUCUGUUAUUUUCAUCUUCUUCUUCUGUUUACUUUUCUUAUAUUUACCUGUACACGAUUAGCAGUUCUAUCCUUUAUGUUUUGCAUUUUUAAAAGCUGCAAGGACACAAAUUUACCAGCAUCUGACACAUGGAGUCUGCAUGUACACAGCUGAUGGAUCAGGUUGGUAUCAGACCGUUUCCUGCUCAGUUUAGUUUGUCACAUGCAUCUUUGUUGCCUAAUAUGGGAGAGCUACUCAUCUUUUAUACACAGCAAUAACACAAUUUGGCUGUCAACCGUGAGUCAAAUUCUGCUUCAGGUUUCUGCCUGUUACAGGGACUUGUUUCCUUGCUGCUGUGGUCUGCAAAAUGUGAUAGAUGAGUAUGAGAUUAUCAUGUUGGUGAGUCUUUACAAGUGACAGAACUGCAAUACAAGUGGCGGAUGGCGAUACCAAUGAUGAGAGAGCAGGUUGGCAGAUGACUGAUUUAUAAACAAACUGAGUAAAGUAGGGCUGGGCGAUAAACUGAAAAUUUACAGAUAUCGAAAUUUACAAAAAUAACCGACGUCAUUUUGCCCAUAUCAGUAUAUUUGAUGUCAAAAAAAUAAAUCAAAGUUGGUUUUGGAUGUGUGUAGGUAGGCUAUGGUCUCAUGUCCCUUUAAGACGCUGUCCUACGUCAGAGACGUGACUCCACCCCAUCCAGUCCAAAAGUUGUAGUGGCUGAAGUAGAUGAAGUUAAUGUGGGAGGGGGUAAGCAGCAUGUGGAGUUGUUAUCGUCCAUUUAUCUUUAUCGAGGUGAAAUGCUCAAUAUAUUGUAAUAUUGAUUUGACACCAUAUUGCCCAGCCCUAAAAUAAAGGAUCUGUUUUUACAACUGUUAAAUUGAGCUUUAAUCAUGCUUGAAGUGUGAAGUCUGAGCUCUGCAGAAUUCAGCUCUCUAGAAGCCUCCUCCACUGUUGCAAUUCUACAGAUUUCCUCAUCUUGAGUCGAUUUGUAUUUCUCUAUUUUAAAUGGCAAAUUGUGAAACUUGUCGGUAUAUUUUGGACCCCAAAUAUGAUCUGAAAAGUUUGAAAAGGACAAAUAUUACAUUUAUUAUACUCUUAUAAGGAGAUUCACUUUAUUUGAGCUCUUUUUUCAUAAAUCUUCACAAUGGAUUGCAACUUUUGUUCAGGUUUUUUACACAAUAAAGGUUUUUCCAGUUUGAAUAAUCAAGGUAAGCGAUGACUGAGAGUGUGUGACUCAGGGAUAAACAAAGCAGCACUAAAAAAAAAACCUAAAAAAGGGGGAGUAGUACUUAAACUAAAACAGAGCCAAUGAGUGCUCUCUGCUUUGAUCGUAUCCUCUUUUGUAGAUGUUUGCCUCCUCAUCUUCCAUAGUCAGGAAUGUAAAGAUGUGCAGAUCUGUGUGUGUGUGUUCUGGAGAGGGAAUAAAAACAGUCGAAAAGACAAGAGAAGGGGCAUUUGUUUUCUAUAAAACAGCAGAUUACUGAUGCUUUACAAAUUGUGAAAAUACUUCUCCUCAUGAGCUCACAGGAGAAGAGAAGAGAGCUCUCUUUCUUCGACUGCUGUAACUUUUCUAUGCUCGAAUUCAUCGCUCUUACAGUCAGCUCUCUCUUUUUACCGAUCAGAUAAUCCAGCACAUGCCUUUUGUCUCGAUAUAGAUAAGCCGUAAAUAGAAAAUCUCCCUACUGACCCAUAACUGGAGUGGUUUUUAUGGGAGAAUGAGAAGACAAGAGCUGUACGAAGGUUAGCGAGAACACAUCUGAAGUCCUCUGGCGAACCGAACGCACACACCAAUGUGCUUGUCACUACAAAGGAUGGCAGAGAUCACAGUACCCUGAGAAACACACACACUUACACACACACAUGCACGCAGAGGGAUAUUCUGAAGUAUGCAUGUCAGCCUGUGUUCCCAGUGCGGCUGCUCCAGCUGGAAGCGUGGAGUCUUUGAUUAACACACCAUUCCAUAUGUCAAACUUUAUGGCCUCUGAGUUUCUGAGCUCCACCAGCGCCGUGUGUGUGUGUGUAUGUGUGUGUGUGUGUGUGUGUGUGUGUGUGUGUGUAGUCCAUCUUUCUUCAGCUGCAUGGUCGGCAAACCUCAACAUAUUUUGCCUUCCAGAUUCCAUCUAAGCCCUGUUUUUGUUGAACAGUUUGCCGGAAAAAAAAAGAGGGGAUCAAAGCGGUCCUCUCGCUCUUACAGCAUUUUAAAUACACAUUUUUAAGAGUCAUCUUGUGGGACGCGGUUUUAAGGAACAGAUGCCGGGAGCGAAUGGUAUCUUUUUCUGCUCAACUCUUUGAACUUUGCUGGUGUCCAAUAAGCGGAUAUCUUCACCUCUGUUCCCAGCAGCCACCACACAGUUAUGCCCAUUACAUCCUCGUUAUGAUAUACCCAUUCAAAUAGACUCUAAAGAUAAGCUGAAUGGUGUUUAAUCUUGCUUUCACCCCCACACUUGGCUUUGAAUGUCUCAAUUCUGUAACCAUACAGUGUUAGUCAAAUAAACUGAAACUGUUAUCUCAUCCUGACAGCACUUUGAUAACAAAUUGAUUAUUCAGUGACUCAAAAUGGAUGUUUGACCGCAGCAGAUUUCUCAACUUCACGGCCUUGUGUGUGUUUUCAUUUGUAGACUCGUGCGCACACACAGCCUGUUUGCCCAGGUGCACUUUCGGCUGAGAUACGCCAGCCUUUCUUCAUUGUUUCUGCUGCUUACAAAGUCAUUAGGGAACCGAUUUUUUAACACAGUCUACAAACCGUCUUUAUCGCCAGGUUAAACAAACAGCAUUUCAGUUCUAGCUAUGAAAAUAUUUCCCAUUAAAAGAUAUGAAAUAGGACGUCUGAUAGCAGCACCACUUGCGAUAACGUCAGGUGCAGUUCACGCUUGCUGUCUUUUGUCCUUUUCAUUAACUGGACAGAACUUCAGACUCAUAAGUUCAAUAAAUAGAGUAAUUUAAGUCAUAUACAUGGCUGUUCACAACAUAGUUACAGUUUAGCUUUAACACAUACACACACAUAUCCACCACACACUCUUUGGCUAUUCUCAAAAGUUAGUUGCUGGUAAGCGCUGGCUCGGAUGCAGUGUAAGUGACGUCAGCCAUGGUUCCUGAAGCAGUUUCCUCAUGUGGACACUUAGUUUUUGCAGUUUUUAGCACUCCUGUAUUACCCUACUUCAUGCCCAGUUCAACAAACACUCGUCACGUUUACAUGGGCAAAUUUUCCUGAUCUGAUUAAAAAUUCGAGGGAAUGGAAAAUCGGAAUCCUCUGUUUAUAUGGGCGCAAAAUCAAAUAAUCGGAUCAUGACAUACGUAUACGUAUUCAUUCAGAUUAGAGGCAUUUGGACAUGCGCAGAGUUGUCUUAUUUCACUAAAACAACCACAAAAGAAGAAGAGUUGUAUUUACGCCUGUGCUGUCAACAAACCAACAAACGUGGUAGUGGCUCACUUCAUCCAAUUCAGGAGUUUUGUCACUAGAUGGCGCCUCUGUUUAUUUAUUUUACUGUUCUAUCAAAGGUUGCGCUGUGUGUGCAGAUGCGACAUCAUCCCGCUGUAUGUACGACUUGUUAUGUUAUCGAAGGAGCAGACGCAGCAUUUGCAGCCAGAGUGUUAAUAAUGAAACCUCCUGUACUGACUUUAAUAAAUAAGUCACAGGCUAAAGAGCGAAGAUCGAAAACGCAACUACUGUUGUCAGAGUUGUUUCAUUACAAAGUUACACCACCUGUGUGCAUACUUCACUGUUUCCAGUAGAUUCACUGAUCCCUGUGCAUGUGAGUCUUUUUCACAAAGUUGUCGUAUGAGGACAGAUCUCCGUUAAGAUUGAGAGAAAGAGCGCAGAAGGAAACAUACACAUAUAGAGAGAUUUAUUACAGAUGAAGGGGCCUCUGGGAAAUCUGUCUGAGGUGCAUUUACCCACACACACACAAACAAAACACACACACACACAAAUAGACAUAUAUAGAAGCUCAUUAAGUUCUCCUCUCCUGCAUUAGUGUAAUGCUCUCCUCCCACAAAACGGUCUCCUGGGGACAGUACAGACACGAGAAACCCCGCUCUCUGUGUUACCACAUAAAUAGUCUGGCAGGCCCGAGGAAACCCUGUUUAUCUCAUUCCUUUGGAUGUCCUGGCAGAGUCCGCAGCUUUAUAAACGACGUUACCAUCUGGUUAUAGGAGUUGUUAAACCUGCUGAGGUCAGGACCUACUAAGUGUAAAUCAAGCAAACACAGUUCUCUGAUAUGAAGAGAGAUCAAGAAACGACAUCCACGUUUUAUACCUUUCAAUAACACCUAAUCAAAUCUGAACGUUUGAAUGUACAAACAAAGAUUACAACCAGCCGUGAUUACCUCAUCCUGCCAACUUUAAUCCUCUAAUUAACAAGCUGAGUAAUGAGUUGAUGAAGUGACCGAUUAGUUGACCUCUGACCCUUAAACCCUGACCUCUGCACCUUCCCUGCUAGGCCCUGCCGAUGGACGGGGAACACCUUAAGUGUACUGGCCCUCUUUGUGUGUGUGUGUGUUGCCUUGAAGAGGUGUGAAAAUCAACAAUAAAUAAAUGAGUUAGUGACGGAAAAGUCACACAAACAAACAAACACGCAGGAGUGAAGCGAAAGACGCAAACUGUGUGAGAAAGAGAGAGAGGGAGAGCGAGACCUACGGAGUCUCAGGUUCUAGCGGGAGUUUAUUCAAGGUCUCUGUGUGAAGGAACAAAGAGAAGAGAUGCAACGUGAGAUAGUUUUCUGUGGAGCUGUAUCAGAUGAACAAAGCUCUGAUUUGAUCAUCUGAUAGCUAACACAUUUGAACAAGCCUCGAAAUACAAGAACAAUGAAGAAGUUCGGAAAACUUGUGAUUUAAAGGCAACGAGGAUUUUCAGCUUUGAGGCGAAGGCUGGCACACGCUAGAAGAUUUAAGACAAAUUUAAGACCUGAUUUGGUACCCCCAAUUAAAUGGCGUGAUCUGAUUCAGGGCUUGUUGUAACCACAGACUGUAUAUACUAUGGACAACCUGGUUCCACCUCCCAUCUGUAUACGGAUUUGAAGCCAAAAAGCUCUCUGUAUUUCCGGGAUUUUUCUUCAUUUCCUAAAACCAGCGACUCUCGGCGAUGCGCGCAUUCGGACGCGCAGUCGCCGUGAGUCGCUGUGAUGACACUCGGCUCAAACAGCAUAUCCCCCGGGAGAGCUACGCAAUCCCUGAACGCCCAUAGGCUGCAUCAGGUGUCAAUCAUAGAAAACAUGAACCCCCUAAUAACUUUUAAAAUCAGAGCCAAUGGUUAAAAUCUUGACCAGCGUGACUCUAACGCUUUAGUUUUGAGAAAACGGCUUUGAGUUUAGUCAGCUAAUUCUCUUUUGUCGAGACAGUUCAUCAUUCAAAUGUAAAUAACUUUGGGUUUUCAGCUCCACACGCUCAGAUUAACUACAUAUGGCUGAAUCUGGAUGAACUGGGUGAUGUUAAAGUAAUUCUGAGGAUUAUUUACACACGGACAAAGACGCAUCUGUAGAUCUGGCACCUACAUUUGCAAUGUUUAGAACAUGCAUUAAAGGUUUACUUUAUGUUUGAGGAUUGGAAUACAGCAUUAUUGACUACACAGGAAAUCCAAAAUUAAAUUCCUGUAAAUCCAGAAUUCUGACUUAAUGUUCACCUUAAAGUGAAUCUAUGUGGGGAGGCUUCAUGUGUUUAAAACCAAAGGUACGGAUGAAGACCCCUGCAGCUUUGCAUUGUAGACCCUGUUCUUUGCAUUAAGCAUGUUCAGAGAACUUGGCCCAGAGAGAAACUGUAAGAUAGUUUUUUUUUUUUUUACAGCACAAUAAAAUGUAUUCAUCCUGCUGACUGAGAAGUUAUUUUAAGACCAGCGAUUCUAGAUGUUCAUUUUUACAGAAACUUGAGCCCUGUGUCCUGGUGGAUGCAUUCAUCCUCGUGUCUGAAAACACCAUGUGCAGAACCGCACACUAUCAUCUGCAUCCACAUGUACACAGUGACUCUGUUUGUGUGUUGUUACCACACAGCAGCCCCUAGGGGGUGUUUUUGCCACACACUCAGAUAAAACAGAUAUUUACUGUUACCUUGGAGAGUCACAUGAGCCGCUUCAUGCAGUGUUUGCAGAUAUGCACAUAUGAAUAAGGGUUUACAUCUAAGAUCACAGCUUUAUUCAGAGGGAAUACAUGCUCAGGUACUUGUUUUGUGUACCCCCUCCCCUUUUCAGGUAGUAAAUACUGCAGAGGAAACAGGAUACAGUGGCUCUGAGUGGUAGUGGAUGCAUGUUUGUUUUUCUUCUCUCACCAAACCAAACGUCUUUUUCUCGUGAUUUCGGAGUGACUGCUCAGGAAACGUCCUUUAGUUUUUGUCCCGUUUGUGUAUUUGGGUUUACGGUUAUUUGUGCACCUUUCUCCGGUCUAAAGAGGACCUGUUGUUGUGUGUGCUCAGGUGGGAGAGUAGUGAAGAUGUUUGGCUUUGAUUUGUAUUUUACGGCUGGUCAUGUAGCAGCAGUAGUCUGCAAUACAAACACAUAUGAGUCUUUUUGUUUGUGUUGGUGUUUCCUGUUGCACUGAUUCCCUCAUUGACUGUCUGUGUGUCCUCGUCCCUGUUCUUCCUGUGAGCCCGGUGGUCCUCCUUCUCCCUCUUUUCAGCCUAAAUCACUUUCUCUUACUUUUCCUCCUCCUGUCUUUCUCUCCUAUACAGGCUCAAUCAUGUCUGCAUCUAUGCUCGCAUCCAGUCCCUCCCCCACAUUCAUGUGUAGUCUUCUCUCUCUGUCUCCUGCAUGGCUUUGUGCUGCUGCCACAAUGCCAGGGGCCAGGCGAUGAGGUCACUCUCCACAGGAGAGCUGCAGGCCUGACUGAACCUCGACCAUCCCCAGCCCACGGAGGCCUAACAGGCCAGCAGCAGCAGCAGCAGCUUCACCUCCCCCAGCACACUCAGACCACUUCACCUCUGUGCACCCAUGCAAACCACAGGGCACGCAUACAAACACAUCAUUUUUGGGGAAGUUUAUAUCAGCCUGGCUGCAGAUAAACACAACAUCGAGUAAACACAUGUAUGCACGGACACAAAGCUGCACUCACACAACUGCACAGAUAGCUGGAAACAUUUGUCCUCUCUCAUACCCUCUGUUGUGUCUCAACCUGUCCCCUGCUGCCUCUUCCGCCCCCUGUCAUCUUACUCCAUCCUUCACUCCAUCCAGUUCCUUUUAGAAAGGAGUGAGUCACAUCAUAGUGUGAAGGUCUGGAGUCCUUUCAGAACACUGUAUUCUCUCCAAAACGUACCCCAGAGUCCAUGCAGGAAAGAAACACAGCUCGCUGUGACUCAUCCCUGCCUUUUCAGCUGCUUAUACCAUCAAUGUGAGUAUUUGCAUGUGAGCGCACAUGUGCAUACAUGUAUUUAUGUAAGGAUUAACAGGUAUUUAUGUGCAAGACUGAUGCAUAGUUAAAAAAAAAGGUGUGGUUUUGUGCACAUAUAUCAGUGUUUCACAAUGAAGAGGGAGAAAAGAGCAAACCGGGUCUCCUCCUCAGAUCCAAACAGUUACUGGACAUAAUGCAUGCAGUAGGACAAGUAUUGAAUCACCUCCAGUUUUCCACACAAAUAACCCUUAAACAAUUCAGGGAAAUACAUGGAAGUGAAUGAGAGUGAGGGUAAGAAAGUUCAUUCGAAAUCUUUGUGAACACGUAAACGCUGAGACGUGUGUUCCCACUUAUUAGUCAGGAGUGACUCAGGGCGUUUGCGAUCGUGGACAGUGUCACGUUUCCUCUCAUGUGAAUGAAUAUGUAGGCUAAAUGUGCAAAUGGGCAUGAUAAUGACUUCCUAGCCAGGGUUUGCCCCUGCUGUGAGGACAUGAUGUUCCGGCAACCCUUCAGUGCUUUUGUAGCUCAGCCAGGCCAACACAGUACAACCCACACACUGACCACCAGCGCGUUAGCAGAGGACAGAGCAGCCCGGCACCCUACAGAAUAGCUCUGGUUGGCCCAUGGCCUCCCAUUGUAUACAUCCCGUCUGCUUUGUCCACGCCUCUGUGAUAGGUUCCAGUGCACGGGCACAGACAACAGUCUAGUUAUAGCGUGUUAAUUCUCCCAUGACCUCCUUGUUGGUUCGUCGUGUCACUCUGGUCGAGUUUCAUUUAGAUAAGAGGUGACCAGCCGGGCUCUUCCAUGCUUGAUAAGCUAGAAUGUGUCUUUCAUUAAAGAAAGGCCUUCGUCAUGAUUUUUUUCCAGGUUAUUUUGUUCAGAGUUGGCAGACUGACGCUCGUCUGUAAUUAGAUGUAGUAGAUACAAAGUAGGGCUGUAGGAUUCUUUCUAUAGUUUAGCUCUUUACAGUAUUUGUCUGUAAAGACUUUGCCUCUUAUUUACAUGAGCGAGGACAGUGCACAGAUAAAUCCUUAAGCUCGGUUUGCUUGCAGAGUUGUUUAAGAAUUUGUAUUAAUUGAGAGUAACUGCAGAUAAGAGAAAAAGUCUUGUUUUUAGAUUGUGGUGAACUUCUUGGUUUUUGGAGCUGUGGAAAAGUGAUUUGAUGUCCCACUUCUAGUUUCUCGCCUCGUAAGGUCUUCCACUGUCACUUGUUUUGGUGAUCCUUUUAAGGCUGUUCUUCAAGUUCGAUCAUGAAACUGCACCUGCUUUCUAGAUGUCAUUGCUGAGUCUUACUGCACACUGGAUCGACUUCUCCACUUAUGGGUUGAAGCAUGCAGACAUGCAGUAUUGCACACACACUAGUAGAUGUUGUGCAUGAAGGAAAAUAAAGAAACAGCGAAUAAAUUUUACUUUGCAUGAUGUGCUUUUGUUUAUUUAUCCACUUCAGUUAUUUUUGUAGGUAAAAAAAAACUUUAGGAUUUUAUCACUUUAAGAAGGGCUGGACGAUACGGCCUCAAAUUAAUAUCACGAUAUAUUGAUCAGUUCACCUCGAUAACAAUAAAUGGAUGAUAACUACUCCACAAGCUGCUCAACCCCUCCCACAUUAGCUUCAUCUACUUCAGCCGCUCAAACUUUUGAACCGUCCUCCGUCUCCUCACCUGUCUUUCCCUCUUUGUUACAGACUGGAUGGGGCGGAGUCAUGUCUCUGAUGUAGGACAGCGUCUUAAAGGGACAUGAUACCAUAGCCUACCUACACACAUCCAAAAACAACUUUUAUUAUUAUUUUUAUAUUUUUGACACCAAAUAUACCGAUAUGGGCAAAAUGACGUCGGUUAUUGUCAUAAAUUUCUGUACCGGUAAAUUUUCGUUUAAUCACCCAUUCCUAAUUUUAAGUUAAUACUAUUAAUAAAAGUUUUAGAGGAUGUGGAGAAAUCUCUGUCCAAAAGAAACAAAUAAUAAAAACAGACAUGAGUCUGUAGUGGAAAUCACAGCAGGAGCCUUAAAUCACUUUAAAGACCACAGUGUGUCCCUGCAUCUAGAAAAGCAGGUUAAGUCUACCAAUAAGGACAGUCUAAAGCCAGCGGUCGUGAUGGUGUGGAGAGGCACGGGCACCUUUGACCCUCAAUCAUCUCAACAAGUUUUGGAGCCGCAUAUGAUGCUGUUGCUGUCCAGGACUUCUGGCCUCCUCUGUGCUUGAUGAAGCUGUCCGCCUACAGCAGGGACGGCGUUACGUCAGUCAGAUGUCAUUUAUUGAAUGUCAACUAUUCCUCUCGCCUUCAUGCACCCUUUGCACCUAUUACCUCACUGCUCAGAGCCCUGUUUGUUGACAUUUUCUCACACACACGCACACACAAGUAAAGCGUACAGCUUUAGCCUUAAGCACUUUCCCAGUGGAUACCUGGUUCUUCUCCUUUUUUCCAUCCAGUCAUCCACUCAUCCUGCCCUCCCUCUUUUUUUAGGCAUUUUUCAGUUUCCUCUCUGUCUCUAUUUCGGCGUCUUUACUGUAUUUAUGUGUUUGAGCGUGCACGUAUAAUUUGCAGUGUAAACACCUCUCAGGUUUAAACCCCAACAAAGGACAAUUUGCGACCUGAUCUGCUUCUCAAACACUUAUCUUGUUCCAAACUUGUCUUCUGCAGGGCGGGAAUGAGGGAGGGAGGAAAAGACAUGCCCGCAGGACGGCGGCGUGUCUUGUGAUGUUGGGAGAUGUGUCAGGGAAUGUGUGUGUAUGUGAGAGUGCGAGAGGAGGAGGGAGGCAGGAACGAUUCUUGGCAGCUGUUCAUAAUGUAUAGGGUUGUUUUAUCUUUGAUUAUAUAUCUGAGUAAAUUCAGAGGAAGAUCUCUUUGUAUCGGCACGCUGGGUGAGGGAGAUGUUUUUAUAUCUGCUGUCUGCUGCUUUCUGUCUCCUUUCAGUGACAAGUCGCCUGUAGACACAUCAGAGAGGAAGAGGCUUAGUCCUGUCAGCGCCUGAUUGAGUCUGACCCUUUUUCCUUACAAGUGCAGGAAGCGCUCGCUUUUUCCUGCCCUGGGGCAACGAGCAAGACAGCAGAUUAGGAAGGUGUGAAAAUCCACAACUUGGGCAUCGUGAGGGAAAAUAAAAAAGAAGCUUUGGUGAAGUGAAUCAACAGCAGAGUGCAGAGAGGCGAAAGGAAAGGAAGGAUGAGGAAGGAAUGGGGGAAAGUGCAGGGUGGGACAUGUUUGUGAUGUUUUGAGGCUGACAUCAUGGCUGCAUCAGCAGGUGGUGCGUAUUGGAUCAUCAGGUUGGCCUGUUAAACAGCCUUGUCACGCUUAAUUCACACAGACGUUUAUCAAGGUGUGGGGACGAGAUUCGAUUUUAUCCAUCUUUAAAGCUACUGUGAGGAGUUUUCAGUUAGCUAUAAAACAGACAAGGGCUGGGCGAUAUGGCCUCAAAUCAAUAUCACAAUAUAUUGAUCGGUUCACCUUGAUAACGAUAAAUGGACGAUAACUACUUCACAACCUGCUCACCCCCUCCCACAUUAACUUAGACUACUUCAGCUGCUACAACUUUUGAACCGUCAAAAGUGGUGAUGUAGGACUAAAAAGUGUUUGUGUAAAACUUUAAGGCAAAUUUUGAACAUUUUCUUUAAUAACUUCCAUGAUAUUUGACCAAAAGACCUAAAAUUGAUUUUGAAUAAUAGCACUGAAGUCGACCAAUAACCAAAAUAUAUUUUGAUCAAUUUUCAAGUUCUUUUUGUGGGCUCCUUACUUUUUCAACUUAGCAGCACAUGUGCUCCUUCUGAAAAAAGUUGGUGUCGAGCCCUGCAUUAAUACUGACCUACACAAGUAAAGCAAAACCAUCAGGGAUGAGGCUGAUUGAGGUUUUUUUGUUGUCAAAAACCGCUGGCAGGGUUUAGGUGUCAGGUUAACAGAUUAACUAAAACGACUAAGAUAGCUUUGUCUCACAUUUUCCAAGGCGAAGAUUUCAAAUUUUGAUAAAAUUCAGCAGAGACAGGGAAGGGACACAGGCACACGUGUCCACAGGGGGGCGCCAGAAUCGACACAAACCAAAAGUUCCUCACAGGAGCUUUAAAGAUGCAGGUUAAAACAUCAAUUUCAACAUCAAAUAUGCUCUUGCAGAUAUAAUCAAAAUAAAUGAUGUCCACCUCGUCCUCCUGUUUCCUCAGAUUCUUCUUCUAUCCCCUCCCUCUCUCUAACUCAUUUUCUUGUCUGUUACUGCCAAGUAACUCUGCCUCUUGCCUCCAGGAUGCCAUUAUGUGUGUUACGGUGUGUGUGCGUGUAUGUGUGUGUGUGAGUGUGUGUGUUAAAUGGGUGUUUUCCAAGUAGUAGUCACAACCGAGGAAUGAGGUUUUUGUGAACAGGCUCUGCAUCAUUAUCACCGCUGCUGUGAAAACUGAAGGCAGACGUUGUAAAGGCCUUUAUUUAAGCUUGUGUACGUGGGCGAAAGUGUGUAUGUGUGUAUGUGUGUGUGUGUGUGGCUUCACUUAUUUGUAUACAAGCAAGUGUGAAAAUAUGUCUGUUGUUCUAUUUUUCAGGACCACUGCUUAAAGAUUUUAUAAUUUAGAUUAUACAUCGGUAAAAUAAGGUUUGUUUUUGUACUGUAAAGCAUUUUUUUUACAAACUCUAAUAGGUGAAAUAUCUAACACGCACGGCAGUGUGCAAGUUUCUCUUCAACUUCUUAAGGCACCCCCCCAGAGCUCCUUAAUUUCACACCCUUCCCCCUCAUUUACUUCCCACAUAGACACACAACAACAAAAACACUCCUGCCACGUUAAAAAGGACACAGAGAGGUUUGUUGUUUGGAUCAUGGUUCGGUGCCGUAGCGUCAGAACAAACCACAGUCUAAUGCAAAGCUUGUUCAAAGGCUGUUGCAGCUAAAGGUACCAGUUUAUUUCCACACCUCUACCAGAGGCAUGCUGGGUGGGAGAAACGAAUCUCACUAUGAGAUGCAAGAGCAGCUAGCAUUACUAAAAUCAUUUUACUGUUAGAGGGAUUCAGAAGAAUCUAUUGAUUAAGAUAAUUUGCUUCAUAUACAGCAGUUAAGACAACAUGAGGAAAAAUGUGCAUUUUAGCACUUUGAAAGUCAAAACAACCUGAACUAAAAAGUUAUUCUCUCCAUCUCUAUUUCUCCAAGUAACACUGCUUCUCUGCUUGUGCACAUAGGUGUCACAGAUGAUCAGAACCGGCCUUCAGGCGCUUUGAUGGUUAAGAGACGUGCGUGUCCACUUAAAGGCAACAGGAUGCAUGCAGGUUUACACCGCUUAUAAACCCACCGUGACCAGGUGUGUUGGUUUAAGACAGUGUGCGUCCUGACCUCUGUUGGUUUUAAAUACAACCUCCAUCGUGUAAUCACAGUGUACUCAAAGAGAUCUCUUUAGACCUCCACGUACGCGAAUUACAACCCCCAUUAGAUCUCUGAGACCGGACUUUUACAUGUAAUGAAGGAUUUCGAAGAGCUGAGAACUAAAGUCAAGGACAGGUUUUCAAAAAAGGCUGUUUGUGCUUUAAAAAGUGAGGGUACUUUUUCUCCUUUCCCUUCCCGCAUCGUUGACCAUCUUUAAGUGGUCAUUGCCACCUGCCAUAAAGUGUUCUCUGUGCUGCAUGGCUGCUCCGCCGGUAUAGGCCAGGAAAAUCUACAAGAGGGACCAGACAAAAGCUCGACCUUGCAGGCUUUUAGAGUAGGACAAAGGGGAAAUAUUCAAUCUAAGAAUGGAUACAACAAUAUGUUAGGUUGGUAUUUUUUCAUAUCCGCACGAAACUCGAUAUUAAACCAUGGCACAGAGAAAAGUCUCUGCUAUUCAGAGUAUGCUUUUCCUGCCUACAUGAGUAGAAAUGAACAACAGUGUGUGGGAAAUAUUUGGUUCCUGCUCCAAGUUUCUGCCAGCGAACUGAAGUGUGAGGAGAAAUGACCAAAUUCACACAAAGCUGCAGCGGUUCAACAUAAGAAAUUUCUCAAAACAGCUAAACUUUACACUUUACAUGUGGUAUUUUGUUAAGACUAGAUCAAAUAAGGUGUAGAAAUGUGAGAUAUUUCAUUCAACUGAAACUGAUGUAUUAUUCUAUAAAGACAGUUUCUCCCUGAGCAAUCAAAUGAAGCCUCCCAAAAUCAAGUUUUCAUGUCAUAAUAUCCCCAAUGAAGGCUUCAGUGCGUCUUUAUCAUACUCCAUCUCCCCCCCUCUUUUUGUACCGCCUUUUGUCAGAGUCGUGCAUUGGUCUGUGUACCUGCUCACACGUGCCAGUUUACAUAAUGAUGUUGUAAAAAAAAGUAACAGUAAUGAGGCUCAGAUGGGUGGGCUGGUUGUCCCAUGUGAGUAACCUCAAACCCAGGACCUUUAACUGUACAUCACUCAGUCAGCCUCAUAAAGCUGUUUUCCCCCCUUACUGUGAUCUGCCCACAGUGACUCAUACAACAGGCUAGUAAACAAUUUGGUUCACCUAACAUCAUCAUUGAAACUCUUUUCUUUCUAUUUUUAUGCUUUUCCGUGGUUUUCCUUAUGCUUUACACAUUAUGCUGACUAAUCAAGAUCCUUCACGUAUGAGUUUUUUUCCUCCAGACUUUUCGCUUCAGUUAAGAGUGUGCACCUCUGAUUCAUCAAAAGGCGUUUAAUUCUAGGCAGACAACAGGAAGGAUGACUUAAUACUUUAACAGCUUCAUAACAAUGUGAAAAAUCAAAAUUUGACAUUCUUUUUGGAAAUCAUGGAUGCUGUGUCCUCAAAGAGGAGAAGGACCACCAAGGUUGUAAUCAGUGCACAGUUUAAAAACCAGCAUUCGUGGUGUUAUAGGGAAACAUGGGCACACGUUUAGGAAGGCACCAUUGAUGCUGAACAAACAAGCUUUGGUGCGACACAUGAUACCACCCAGACAAUGCUUUUCAAAUGCCUAACCUGCAUAUUCAAGCAAGACGAGCCAAACCGCAUGUCACCCCUUGAAAGCAUUUGGAGCUUCAUGAAACAAAGAAACAAAGAAGAUUACAAAUUGUUGAGCAGCUGAAACCCUGUAUCAGACAGGAAUGCAAUAUUUCACCUUCAGAACUCCAGAAACAGGUCUCCUUGGUUUCCAAACAUUUAGAGUGUGGUUAAAGGAGAAGAUAAUGAUAAACAUGCCCCUGUCCCAACUGUUUUUGAGCAUUAAAUUCCUAUUUUUUUUAUGACAAACUUACUCGGUGUCCCUACUUAUUUGGACCUUUGGAGAUUACUUAUUUCUGCCAACUUAACACCAGUGGGCACAUCUUUAAAUUGACAGUAUGAAUUGGAUUUUUACAUGAAAUACACAUUUUAAGAUGCCUUCACUCUUGAAUGGGUCAGCCAAACAUCACUGGAUGUUGAAGGGGUUUCUCUUAAAGACUCUUAAUGUACUCAUACUAGGGAGAGCGAUAUGGCCUCGAAUCGAUAUCACGAUAUACUGAACAGUUCACCUCGAUAACGACAAAUGGACGAUAACCACUCCACAAGCUACUCCAACUUUUGAACCGUCCUCCAUCUCCUCACCUGUCUUUCCCUCUUUGUUAUCUACUGGAUGGGGUGGAGUCACAUCUCUGAUGUAGGACAGCGUCUUAAAGGGACAUGAGACCAUAGCCUACCUACACACAUCCAAAACAAACUUUUAUACAUUUAUUUUUUUGACAGUGACAGCCCUAAUCCAUACAGAGAUAUCAGAGACUAAUAUUUGUUUUAAUGUCAGCCUUUUGUUGGACUUUCACCUGCCUAGUCAAGCCGGCCUACAAGACUAACAUAUGUACAACAUUUACCUCAAAAUUCCACCGCAUUGGCAGCGAUUUUCUUCAUCUGCCAAUUUCUGCAGGAUCCAUUUGUGGGGCGAAUCUCACGGUGGAUUAAGGACAGCUGGAAUCGCGAGAACUCACAAGAACCUACGGAUUUACGUGCAAUUGCGCGAUAAUGAGUUGUCUCUAAAAAAGACAGCCACAUAACCAUAUAAGCAGUAGAUUGUGUCCUUCCAGAGAAGGAAAUCAACAUCUAGACUUAAAAAAUCAGCAUCUCCUCAUCCAUUGUGUCAUCGGGGUGUCUAAAAACCUUUCACUUGUUCGUCUCCGCCCGUUUGUCGUGUUUUAUUUUGAAAAGAAGCCGGAUGUUUUAUUUUGUGUCUGUGCCCGACUUCCUUUACAGCACGGACUAAUCUGUGCUGAAUUUAUUCGGCAUGCUUCAGCGUCCGGAAAAAAUGCAACCCUUGCAAUUUUCAGUGGGAAGAAGCCAGUGGAAAUUGACACAUUAAAUUGAAUGGUUACGAUCAGCUGCGAUCGGCAGAUACGGCCUUUUCGUAGCCGUUCAGGAUACGGCAGAAAUUGGGGGUUAGGGUAUAUUUGGCGUCUCCGGGCUAUGACUCUAGGGCUCUUGCAAAACAAAGACCAUUGUUUUAUUAUCCCAGAAUAAGUCAUCUGUACUACUAUCAACUGUGAUAAUGAAAAUUAAUCAUUCAAGCACUUACGGCAUGAACUCUCUCCCAGCCAAACCAGUGGCACAUCGCUGCCAAGACACAACUUGGAGAGCUGGGACAUUCCUGUAUGCGGUGCAGUUGUUGAUUGUUUUGAUUAUUGCAAAAUCUCUUCCACACAGACGAGUGAACAUUCUGGAUGAGUUCCCCAUUAAGGGCUUGUGUAACUCAACAUUCUGCGGCCCAUUAAGAAACACAAAGACAUGGCUGCAUGCUGCACAGUGAGAAAGAAACCUUUGGUGUUGAUGGCGCGGUGGUGGCGGCGCUGGUAACGCAGGAGAUAAGACAUCAGCUGCCGAACGAACAAACAAACAGACAGAUGUGUGAGAGGAGAAAGAAAGACGGAGGAAAGGGGAGGUUAGCAAGAGAGGCCGUCAACAAGCAAAUCCAGCUGUUACAAGCAGGCCUGAUGUUUAUUUCAUUAAUGACUGAAAUCCCCUGAGCUGACUGAGUUUUUAUAGGUGUUUGGGAACAAUAGCAGGCUGUUGCUGUGUUGUUACUGUGUGCGUAUUAGCUUGAGAAUUUCCCUAUUAUUCCCACUUAAACACAUGCACACAACCGUUAAGGUGGUCCCUUUUUUGUACAACUUUCACCUUAUGUACAACGAAAGCAUCUCCUCUCUCUGAGUGUAUUUUUUAAUGUUAAAUCCUUCCAUAACUGCAUGUUUUGGCAUCACUGGACUCUCUUUUUAACCAAAAUCUACCCCCUCACAGCCAUGAUGGGCGCCCAGAUUAAUAAUUGGGCUUUUAUCCGCAGUUUCUGAGAUAUCAUCUGGAAAGGCACAGAGGGGUUCACUGGCAAAAACUUAAACAGACCAGAAUGAUGUCAGGGAGGAUAAUAUGAAACACUGAGCGGGCUUUUGCACUGAUGCUGCUUUUAGUCAUAUGUUAGUGUAGAAGGGAUUGAUUAUACAUCAAUUUUUAAAUUUCAUCUGCAAUUCUGUCUACCCGUAAUCAUUAAACCAAGAUAAUCCAGAUUUAACUUUAAAAAUGGCGCCAUGUUGCGAUUGUUUUUGACUGCUGUGGCACAGGUUCCUCCAAACAGCUCUUAUGUCAAUUUAUGUUGAGACUAUUGGGCCGAGCAGUGACUUUGGUCCGUAUCAGUCAGGGGGGCUGUGUCAACCUAGGGCUGGGCCAUAAACUGAAAAUUUACCAAUAUUGAAUUUACAACCAUAACCAACAUCAUUUUGCUCAUAUUGGUAUAUUCGGUGACAAAUAAAUAAAUAAAUAAAAGUUGGUUUUGGGUGUGCGUUUGUAUGGUCUCAUGUCAGUUUAAGACGCUGUCCUACAUCAGAGACGUGACUCAACCCCAUCCAGUCUGUAACAAAGAGGGAAAGACAGGUGAGGAGAUGGAGGACGGUUCAGAAGUUGUAGCGGCUGAAGUAAACAAAGUUAAUGUGGGAGGGGGUGAGCAGCUUGUGGAGUGGUUAUCGACCAUUUAUCGUUAUCGAGGUGAACUGAUCAAUAUAUCGUGAUAUUGAUUUGAGGCCAUAUCGCCCAGCCCUAUAUCAACCUACCCUACAUCUUGUGUUGCAGCACCUGUUUCCCAUUUGAACUUAUUGCAUUUCAGCAUCCUCAGUGCAAAAAGUCAAUUUUUUUUGUCCCUGCACCGUCACUGGUCGAAAAUAGGUUAUUUUUCAGAAAACGUCUGGGGCGGGACUAUAGAUUAAAAAAAAAAAAAAAAAAGCUCAGUGUUUAAGUAUUUUUUUAAGGCAAUAUUUGCCUUUUUAUUAAUAGGAUAUGGUGAAAUGUGGGAGAUAGAGAGAGAGGACUGUGGGGGGACAUGGCCCCCAUACAUGGGGCGCCCUAACCUGCGAGGCCAUCUGCACGCCCCAAAUACCGAGCAUUUUUAAACACACCUGAAAAUGCUUUGAAAUUUAGAUUGCAGGUACAAAAAGACACUGUAGUGGGUAAGAAGUAUUUAUACUUAUCUGUAUCAAUAUCAGUAUCGAGCUUAAUGAUUUUCAAAAAAUCGAAUGUCAUGCAUCUCUCCUUUUUACUUAAAUGUUACCACUAUAUUGAUCCAGUUAGUUUGGUUAAAGAAGAUGACAGAGAGACAGCCGCCAUUGCAUAGUUGUUCAAAUAUUUUGUUUUGCAGGAGAGUAUCACUAUUCACUUUGACAAAAGCUUUGUCUUCAUCCCUCAGGUGAUAGUGAACUUCGUAGCCCCCCUGAGAGUCUGCAGGGUCUCCCUGUCUGUCUCAGCCUGAACAACACAUUCAUUGUUAGGGGUUAUAGAGUCCUCUGCUGCUUCAGAGGGUCAGAGGGGCUACAGGUAGCGGAAAGGACAAGAUUAAUCACCCCAUCUGGGACAAGCAGGGAGGGGCGAUAGACCAAGAGAUGAGAGAAAUAGGUGGAGCAGUGAGAGAAUUAAAGGGAAGAAAAGAGUAAUUGAGAGGGGAGAGGAAGGGGAAAAGUUAUCGAGAACAGACGGGGAGGAAGUUCAGGCUGAAGAAAGGGAAAAAGAGACAGGUAGAGACGAGGGGAAGUAAUUACCUGCAUAAGUUUCUUUGUUGUGCUCAGUGAUGCAUUUAGAGAGAGAGGCAGGGCAGGGAAAGAGAGAGAGAGGUGGUCAAGGGCAAUUACCUAAACGCAGGUUUGCUUGCCUUUGAUCCCCCCUCUGUGACUGCAUGUCUCAGUCUUGAGCAGCAUACUUCUCUGUGUGAUGCAUAAUCAUGAAACCAUCAUCAUCGCCAUUACCAAAGCAGCCUAACCAGAAGUAUCACCUGUUCUGAGUUCAACAGCAGGGAGAUCAUGUAAAUCAUGACUUAUAUCUGUCCGUUUAACUCUCUUCCUCUCCUCUGAGGUUGUUAUUUUCAUAAACAACACAUUAGCAGUCAUACUCGACCUGAAAGCGACCGCUCUGAAGCUGUAUGAAUAAACAGACCCCAUGCCGAAUGCAGGUGUCCACGGACGUGAGGAGAGUCGAGGGCACUCCUGCAGAUGUUGGCCUGACUAAUUGUGAUCAAAGACUUGGAGAGUGUGUGUCAUGAGAGUGCCAGUGUGCGUGUUUUCAUCAGGAAUGCAUGCGCUUCAAUUUGUUGUUGUAUCUACAGUUGACAUGCACGAGAAGGUGCAUCGUUUGCAUGCAUAGGUCCACGUGUAUCAAAGUGUGUCGGUGCAUUUUUUUAGCUUUUGCUUGUGCAGUUUAAGAAGUUUUCUGCGCACCGCGUCCUGGUUCAUGUCUGAGUCAGUGCCCAGCUGCGUUGCUACUAGUACCUGUGGGUGAAAUUGGCCCGAAUCCACCUUCCUAGGUCUGCUUUUUAUUCUGCAUCACAUAAACAAAUACCAGCAGGGUCCGUUCACUUCCAAACCACUCAAUAACAUCCUCAGAUCUCUCCCCAACAUCUGUUGACCUCCGUUUUUUUCUCCGGGAAGUUCAUGUAAAGCAAUACUUUAAUGUCUGCAGAGUGUAAAAAGGUGUGUUUGACUGUGUUAACCUUUUCAUUUCUUUGGGCUGUACAGUCUAGUGCUCUGUCAUGAGUGUAGAUAUAUCCAACACCCACACAUAAUUUAGUACAAACUUGUGUGUUUUCACAGGCGGUAUACGCUCGCUCACUUACACACACACAAACACACACACGUCUCGCACACACAUAUCCAAGAACAGGCUCCAACUCGCCUCAUGUUCACUCAGCAGGUCUUGUAUGCCUUUGAUAUGCCUGACCCCCUUUUAUUGUUUUUUCUAUAUUUCUCUAUAAGACAGGUGGUAUGUAACUGAUUAGAUAGAUAAAUAUACCCUGAAGGUGAGCGGCGUGUAGGGAGGAGGAGGAGGAGGAGGAGAGGAAGCAUACUGGAGAAUUCUCUUGUCCCAACACAUCUCCACAGAGGAACUUUAAUCUGCCGAGGCUUCAUGCAUUUAAACGGCCCGAUUAGGGAGAAUUUAACAGCCGCUUUCCCUUCUGGGCUGAAACAGAAAUUAAGUGCUUAGGCACAGCCCUCAGUUUGUUUGUUUUCUUAGCGCCGCUUUAAAAGAUACACUCAGAGAUAGAGGCUUUGAUCGUGUGUUGAAACAACAGAGUCAUGCAGAAGCCUCUGUGCUGUACGUCUUAUAAUGUAAAGAUGCAGAGGAAGUUUCUGGACCUUUUAAAAUACACCGUUUUCUGGUCAUACUAGCAAAAAAAAUGCCAUUAAAUGAUACAGACUAAAAAAUGUGUUCUCUUUAACUUUCCAUUGAUGGUGGUUGUGAAUAGAGAUGCACUGAUCCGUUUUUUUCUUUCAUGUAUUUAUAGAAAAAUGAAUUAAAAGAAAAAAAAAGACUGGAUUGGAACGCUGGAUCAGCGUCAUCCGUCAAUAUCUGUUCCAGUUAAUUUGUCAAUAUUGGAGUCGAUAGUUGUAAAGGGAUUGUUCACUUUUUAAAGCGUGGUUUUAUGAGGUACUUGUCAAUAGUAUACUGGCCACAGGGGAUGCUGCCAGCUCAUCUUGUACAGGUGCUUUAUAUCUCACAUAACCUGAUGUUAUUUGAUCAGUAACUCUAUGUAGAUAUAUGGAUCUGGACUCUGUUUUAUGCACAUUUUUUCCUCAUCAGGGGUGACUUCUGGGUGUUCAUUGCCAACAACAUAUUUUGUGAGAUUUUUAUACUAAAGUCCAGCAGGGACUUCAAUAAAAAGCUGUACAUGUAACUUCAUUUACCAGAUGUCCUGGAAGUCAAAGGUCUUGUUGUUUCAGACUCCCAUCUGUAGCAGCAGUAGCUCGACUUCAGUUCUUUCCUUUCCCUUUAACAGUAGAUGGUUAGUGUUUGUUUGAAUGUGGAUAAUGUUAAAGAAAUCAGGAUUGUGCACAUUGAAGUGGGUUUGUUUUGUGUCGGUAAUCCAGGGUCCUUGGGUCUGUCUCUUUGGCUUUGCGACACGAGUUUACUCAGUGAUGACAGCUUCCCUUUCUUUCCAUUAUGCCACUCUUCCACACAACAAACCAGUGCGUGUGUGUGUGUUUAUGAGUGAGUAAACAAGUCAGAGGAACAGCAUAAUAGCAGGUAUGUCGGUAAUAACUGUGCUCUUUCUCUUUCUCUCUUCUCCUCCUCCUCUUCCUCUUCCCUCUCUCUCUUCCUCAGUGAUAUAUUUGAUGCCAUGUUCCCGGUCACCCACAUCGCCGGAGAAACUGUCAUCCAGCAAGGUAUGUUGUCAUUUUUGCUUUAAAUAAUUUAUGCCUAAUGUAUUGUAAGAAAAUGUGUAUUUGCCAAACUUAAAAAAUACUUUAAGAAGUUUAGUUUUGUAGAUGUUUUCACUGAAGAUAAGGGCAAUAAUCAUAGAAGUAACACUUGAUAUGAUUGCAUCAAUCUGAGGCUGUUUCAGUUACUCUUCUACAGUAUUUCACACUAUAAAUGUCAGCGUAAGAUGUUGCAUUGUGAUGGAUGUCUAGACUAAAACAUGUACAGCUGUGUUUUGAGAUUAAAGUUGGAGAAGCAGCUGUGCUGCACAGGAGAGAUGAACUCUGCUCCAUGUGUCUUACAUUAAAGGGUAAAAUACCAUCUUAUGAGUGAUGUUCAAAGGUGUGUGGGAUUUUUCUGCAGCCCUGCAAGUGAUUAACGGUUAUCUAAAACGUUUAACUCCUAUUGUUGAGUUCAGAUUCCUUGAAUAUGAUCCAAGUAUUGAGUUUGUCAUUGAUUUGAAAUAAAAAAAAGGAUGAUUCAGAGAUAUAAUACUUGUUGCAGAGUCUUUGGGCACAUUUUCCAACAAAGUAACACCCUCCAGUUGGACCUGAUGCUACGUCCAAAUCAGGUCCAACAGCAGCAAAAUACCACAGACACUGAUAAAAGGAUUCAGACACCAGCAAACAUCAAAAUGCUCUGUCCUCUGUCUGUGCUGCUUUUGGGUUUAUUUUGUCUGUCCUCUCCUUGUUUCCUCCUUUUUUGCCUUGCUCAUACAUUCCUUUAGGCUUAACCAAAAGUACAGUCCCUCUUUGCCCUAAAGCUGUAAAAACCUGGACUAGUGUGGACAUCCCUGGACUCUGAAGGAACACAGAGCCAAGAGGGCCAGACUUUGUUUUUCCAACUGAAACUCUUAUCAAAAAACAGACACAGACCUCUUAAAAUGACACAUUCGACUCGGUAAAGAUGCUCGCUUUGAUAAACUUCGACCCCUAUUGCAAAUAAAAGUCAGUUCAGACACACUAAAUGCGACACAGGUUACAUGUUUGGUUGAUGCCGCACAAAGACGCUCGCCCUCUGCAUUAAAAACUUUUGGCUUUUGAACUCUCGCUCAUUCAGCCCCUCCCUCCUACUCUGAGACAGCCCUCAGGAUUAUCAGUCCUAAUUUGGUGAUAAUAAGUCUAGCUGGCCUGCAGGGCCCCCCAGUCCCAGACAGCCCAUUGUUAUAUACACUACAGAGCUUGGUAUACAGUAUAUACAGUGCAGCACUGAUGUCACUGCUUAUGUCUGGACUACUGUGCAGCCUCAAAAAAAAAACACUCUGCUUCUGGCCUAUUGCACACUAUUUUGACACAGGCUGGAGUUAUCGACUCUGCGGAUUGCCUGGUAUUUAAACAAAGGCAGAAUAAACCAUCAUUACAUGCAAAAAAAAAGCGUACAGGUAUUUUAUGUGUUAUCUAGUAACACUUUAUUGGACGCCUCUCUCUAUAACGCAUUAUAAAUAUAUGUAUAAUGCAUUAUGAUCUUGUUAAAGCACUGUAUAACUAUAGUUUAAACACUUUAUCGCUUUAUAGCAAUAAUCAUAACAUAUUUUAAAGCAUUUUAUCAUGACUUUCAAGGUCAGGUAUUAUAUUGUGUUAUAACUGUCAACAACUCACUGACAAUGCCCAUAUAGAUAAUGCAAUGCAACUGUUGUGAACAGUUAUAACACAAAAAUCAGGUAUAUGACCACCACUUCAAAAAACUUUAGAGGCUGUUAAAAAUCUGAACAAAAAAAUUGAUGGUUUGCAAAUAUUUUUAGACGUUAAAACAGAAUAUUUUUAUCAUUCUGUGGAAAGCUCAGGGUGCUCACUUUAAAAGUAAAGCCAGCAAGAGUUUGAAAUGUCUGAGACAGGAGCAACAAAACGCUGAAAAAGUUGUGUGAUUAUUAAAAAACCCCGGGGGUCAUUUACAGACUCAUAUGGUUAAUGUACAACGAGUUAGUACAAUGACGAGGAAAUAAAAAGGCACUCCAGAGAGGUCGAGAGGGGAAGAGGUUCACCACUUGGAGGUUUUCACUGUCUGAAGUCUCUGAUAUCAUCCAAAGAUUCAGAGAAUUUGGAGAAUUUUCUCUGCAAAAAAGGAGACGGCUGAAAAACAACACUUGGAUGGUUUGGAUCUGUGGGCCAACAGACAUGCCUCUGAAGUGGGAAUCACAGAAUGUGCGCUAGGGAUGGGCGAUAAAUUCUCGUGUAUUGUCAGAAAAAUCCUCCAUGAUAAAUAUUUGCCAUCAUCAAGUGACGGACUCGCAGACGUAGCCCACACAGAGCAGAAUAACAAACAAACAAACAUGGCUGAAGGUAAUAAAGUAGAUGUUUCUGAGCAGCUCAUAACUGAAUGAGGCUCCACAUGAGGGAUUUCCUUCAAGAUUGGGGUUUAGAUGAGCGCCAUCAGGUAUGCUUGACAUUGGACAGUGGAUCUGCUGCUAUUGACUCUGUGCAAAAAGAGUUUUUUCUUCAAAACAUACUACUCAAACUUGUGGUUAAGUAUCUUUUUUGACUACUACAACAGGUGUUCAAGACAAAAUGAGUCAAAAAUGCUGAUUGGACUGAUCAUACUUUUUAUCAGGACUUUUCUUAUCGUGAUAAUUUUUUUAGCCCAUCCCUAAUGUGCAUAGAUAAAAAUGGUACCAUGCGCAGAAACAAAUAUAAUAGUGAUUCAAUUUGAGGUGGACUGAGGCGAAGCAGAAAAACUGUCCUGUGGUCUGUCGAAUUAAAAAAUUAAAAUUUAUUUAGGAAAUCUUGGACGAGAGGAGUAUUUGGGUAUUUCUGAAAUAGAAUCAGCUCAGAGAGACAAAAAAACAGUUAGAGAAAUACUGGAGCACCUCAGAGGCUGAGGAUGUACCUCGUGUUUUCCUUUUGAGCAAAGCCAAAGAACCUUAACAGUGUGUGCAAUAAUUACCUUGUGUUGAAACAAGGCCGCAAUGAGAACACCAGCCUGUGUUGUGUGUGUGUGUGUGUGUGUAUGCACCUAUGUGUGAGAGCAGGCCCUAUUCAAAUAUUUGCCUGCACUCUCAGGCACAGGGGGACUGGAAAGGCGCAAAACAAAGACUCAAGCACUGAAGUGAUAAAAGACAGGAAGAGUAGAAGAAAAGAAAGACAGAGCGAGAGGGAAUUGAAAGAGAGAUAGAUGAGAUGAAAGAGAGAGAGAGGCAGAGACAGAGAGAGGGAGAUAGCAGAGGGCCAGGUUGCGGCAGGUUGUGUGUUUGUGUGUGAGUGUGUGUAUGUGGGUACGCCUGGGGUCUCCUCUGGGACAGACCGUCAGACAGACAAGGAGCGUUUUGUGUGACAAAUAGAGCUGUAUGAUUAACGAGCUCUCUCCACUCAGUAUUAAUUAGCCGUGUGAACUCCUGUGAACUUUACACACAGGGCGCUCGCUGCCUUUCAACUCUCAGGUGAACAUGUACACACACAAACACACAGCCACACACACCCUCACUCGGUGCAUACAAAAUGCAUACACAUGCAUACUUUUGUCAUGUAUACUCAUGCCUCAUUGCCCACUUGCGCCUCUGAAUAGAGACGUAUUUAUACCUCGUUGAAGGAGGUAGCUGCAGGGGGAGCUUCGCAGUGCUCAUGCAUAUGGCUGCUGUCAGUCCUCCUUAAUAAUUUCCCUUCAGCCCUAUGUAAUGGAUAGUAUAAUUAAAGGAACACUCCACCAUUUUUCAGCCUUAUCUUCAGACUGGAUGCUUUUAGCAGACAUCAACCAAGCAGGUCCCACGGCUCACUUGGAAAGUUAGCUUUUGUUUUGAAAGCGCAGAAUCAACGACACAACAAAGACCCAGUGAGCAGACCAGGCGACAUCCCAGGACGGCAACCUCGCACAUGUAAAAGAUACCCAUCAACUCGCUAAUAUAAGGAAUUCUUACUUAAUUGUUUUCACCAAAGCAUAAGCAACAGAGUCAGAGAUUUUCCAACGUCUACAGAAAAAGCACUACGGAAUGAUCAUGAUUUUUGAAGAUAGUAGGGGUGGGAGAAAAAAAUCAAUACAGCAUAUCGUGAUGUAUUUUGUCUGGUGAUAUAUCGUAUCAUCUCAUUUACCAAAUAUCAAUUUAUUUAUUUAUUUUUAUUAAUAUGAUUCAAAUCUAUGAUAAUGGAAAAAUAAAAUCAACAGUAUGUCCAGUGAGGUUGGCAGAAGGAAGUAAGUACAACAGAUAUAUAUAUAAGGUUUGCAAGAUGUGCUACAUGAAAAUAAAAUACAGUGUAAAUAAGACAAACAUAGAGGAAAGACAAAUGCUAAAUUAGCUAAAGGGAUUUAAAAAAAUUGUACAAAUCGCAAUAUAUUGUAUCAUAAUACUCCCUGUAUUGUAAAAUCUUAAAAAUCGCAAUAAUAUCGAAUCAUGGCCCAAGUAUCAUGAUAAUAUUGUAUCAUGAUAAUAACAAAAGCAGCUGUAAUGGGCGCUACUGUUGCUGAAAGUAAAUUGUGUAGGAGGCAGCUGCAUCUCUGAUACUAGACCCUUCUGAAAGCUUUUAAAAGCCAAAAACCUGAUAGCUGUUCUUCCAGGAAAUAAGAUGUAAGUUGACAGACAUAAUUGGGUGAUAAAGUGAGUUCAGGAAAGAAAAAUCCCGCCUGCUGUACGAGGUAUUCAAGAGUUUGACGGAUGAUCUAAGUGUCUACAUUUUGGUUUCAUGGUUUGAAAGUCUGCCCUUGAGAACUUAAGUAUGUUUUAAAAGUUGUGGGAAUAGUAGGCUUUCUCAUUAGCACCUUUUUUUGCAGCUGUUUAACACACUCUUUUCUCUCUUCCUUACAGGUGAUGAAGGUGAUAACUUCUACGUGAUUGACCAAGGUGAAGUGGAUGUAAGUGAUUUAAUUUAAAUUGACUUCAGAACGCUCAUGUUUCUUUUAUUCACCUUCUGGUAAAGAUAAGCUAUCUCAGGGAUUUUGACUCAGUGGGAAAAUCCUGCCUUCUCCACUCAUACUGAGUAGUGUUUCUCACCAACAAUGGACAGGUUGUGUUAGAUCGCCCUCAUGUUUUGUUCUCUACAAAGUUUAGUUCCACCGCGAUGACAAUCUGAUCACGCCGCUAUCCUGAGCAACGUUACGGCAGCCAAACUGAGGAUGUCUUUUGUCUUAAAAAACCCUGACAAAGAGCGAUAGAGUAAAGCGAAGAGAUAAAAGGAGGAGCUGACGGCAAGAUAAACAAGAAGUGACCCUAUCGGCUUACGAUGGAGAGCGCCAAGACCGUGAGUAAGAUGAGAGACAGGAUGAGGAGCUCGGUGUCAAUAUAGUGAGACCACCUGAAGGAAAGAAGUGUGGAAACACAGAGAUGGCGCCGUGAUAGGAGAGUGAACACCGACUGACUCUGGUUCUUGCAAAACUUUGGAAACUUUGAGGAGUAAAUCUUGUUUUGCAAACUGUUUCGGUUUUGCUUUUUAUCUAAUCAAACUGUGGGUUUUGUCUCUUUAAGCUUUUAUUGUGUUUGAGCCACUUGGUUGACUUAGUCUUCAAGGUGUUAAAAGCAGCCUGUCGGUUUGUCUUCAAGUUUUUACUUGAGCUCUGGGUAAACUUGACCCAGAAUGAAGACUUGUACUAAUUGAAGGAUUUAAUUAUGGCCGCUUUCAUACCAGGACUGUUUUGUUCAUUCUAAAAGGACCACGGUCCCCUCACAUCUUCGGUCCGGGUGGUAUGAACGCACAAGCGAACCAUGAUCCGGAUCAAACAAACGGACCAUGGUCCUCUUGAAAAUGCAGGACUUGACCCCCUUCAAAACAAACCAUGAUCCGGUCCCGGGUGUGAACGCAGACUGUGCCCCAAAUGAGCAGGUGACAGACAGUGAUUUCCCUCGUAAUUUUCCCUCUUUAUUAACCAUUUGGUUCGCUUCGCUAAAGUCCCAUGUGAACACUAACCGUAUCAAAUGCACAAUGCAACAAUGUAAACAUUUGGUCCCUGAUCCGGACCUUCUAAGCAGACUUUGGGAGUGAAAGGCCCUUUAGUCUAAUGUCUGAUACGUAAACUUGUCUCUGGAACUCCAUAUGAGACUGUUGCUCGGGUGCAUCAGUUGUUGCAUCACUUCUUGUAAUUAUCAAUUAGCCUGCUGUGGACUUGGCCUUCACCCAGCGGGGAAUCUCAGGCAUCUGCUCCCACAGCUAUGAUCCAAUCAUUCUGUGACAAAGUUCGUGGAGACCCCUCCUUGUCCUCGCCCUGGAGCUUAUCUGCAUCCACUUUGACCUCAACCUACAAUCCGCCCCUCUGUGUCUGCAGACAGCCACAGCUCAGUCGCUGAACGACUCCAACGCUUGGUGCCGAUACUUUAAUAAGUGUGGAGACGGCUCCACUCUUAUUAAAGUGUGGAGAUGUCUCUCAUUAGACGGGGGUGUAAAUCUGCUGGAAACCCAUGAACUGCCGACAAGCUGACAACCAGUGCGACUGAUGUAAACACCCCAACAUGUCUGCACACUGACUGACACUGGCCUGUAUUUAUAUGGGUGCAACACAGUUGAAAUUAAAGCUUGCAUUUGAAAAUAUAACAUGACCCUAGAGUGAAAGAAUGUAAUACAUAAUCAGAUAUUGAGCUUCACUUUCACACAUUGGUGCACUCGUUAAUGUGGGUUUUAUAGUGUUGCAAUAAGUCCACCUACUGCAUUUAGUAUUUUUACGCCAGGUGCAGAAGUUUUAUAAAUCUCAAAUGCACUUGCAACAUUUGUAAGCGCCCAGAAGUGUGUUGAUCUAAAAGUAAAGUGUCCGGGGGUGCUAAAGGGUCUGCGCCAUAUGUCUGCACGCCUCACCCCCAUCUCACCUGCUUCACCUCAGACAUGCAAGAGACAAAAACCACAAAACCACAACCACUUGUAAGUCAUCAUUAGAUCUCUUCAGGUGCUGUCAGCGUGUCCUGAGUUUUACAAUAAUUAAUGAAGUUUUACAGCUGAUCUUUCUGCAUAUAUGUACACAUGUCUUCUAGUUUGGAAAGUCCCUGAUUGUCUCUGAGGAAUCGUUUCAUUAGACUUAUGAUCAAUCCGUGCGCUGACAUGAGCCGUGCAGAGACCUGUUUGUGUUGUCUGCCCGUGUUUUUAAGUAGAAAUCCCCAACGUAAAUAUAAAUCCACCUGCCUGCAGAGAGGAGAAACACUGAUUGGUUUGAGUCAUGUUAUCACCAAAACACACCUUUGAGUCCAACCUCUUUCACCCUGUAUCUUAAGUAGUGCCCCAAUGCUCCUCUUUUAGGGACACGCUGCUACACGCUGAUAAAUAGGUUAAAAAAUUAAACAUAUGGCUAAAAGCUAUUUAUUUUCUGCUACAAGCUGCGUGAGUGAGCAUACAAAGAAUAGUAGAGUAUUUUCUCAUCCCACAUGAUGAUCCCUGACAUUUUCUGAGCUUCUAUCUUUAUGCAAGCAAUUAUUUUGCAAAUGAAGGCUUAUCUAAGUAGAUGCAAUUUAGAAAUGAAAUGUGUUAAUUGCAGUGAAUUAGCUAACGGAUCGAGAGCUGAUGUGUCGCACAGCUUAUGAGCAUGUGCAGAGACACCAAACGACUGCAUACACAAAAACACAGCAGCACUGUCUGCUCAUCCACCUUCAAGUGCUCGUGAUUUGUUGCGUCUUAAUCACCGCCAGCCGACACAGCUCGAACUGAUUCAGUCUUUACAUCCUAGAUUCUGUUUUUACCUCCUGCACAGUGCUCAUGCAAUCCAGUACAAGUGUUUCCAAUUCAGCCUCCGUGGACCACCUUUUUCUACAAGUGUUUUUUUUCUCACGUCCAGUUGGGCUGCUUGUUCGGGAACCAAAAUAGGCAUGUAAGCGUUGGAGGAGCCUUAUGGGGGAAAAGACUUGGCAGUUAGGAGAUCCACGAGGAACCGUGCGGAGAAAAUAAUACCUGUAUGCUGUGAUGUAACACUUUGUAACACUCGUAUCAUCAUUCUUCGAAGCCUGACAUAACCACGCUGCAUCCUUUUAAAGCCACCCCCGGUAUAUAGUGAGAGAUGAGUCCCCUGUGGUCCACUCAGAGCCUUGGAUAAUGGCUCGCAACAAUUUUGGCAAUCCAGAGCUGCAGGAGUGAUACACCCCCCUCCCUUCCUCUCUUUCUCUGUGCCUUUCUCUCUGUGUUAUUAAGUCAACAACAUAGCGGAUAGUGUGUCGACAGGUGAAACCCUAACAGCCCCAGAGACGGCCUGGAUGAGUCUCAAUGAGGUUGUAUUGUCUGCAGAGCUAUAGUGGGAGGCCUAAGUAGAGCUGUGUAGGUGUGUGUAUGUAAGGUAACAAGCAUGUGAGUGCCUGUAUGGGUUUUAGAUCAGAGGGAAGACCCACGAUAUCUGUGAGAGCUUUCAGUCCUCCAUCGCUCCUAAAUCAAAGGGAAGGUCCUAACCAGGGCAGGCAGAAGAAAAUAAAAGGAAAGGAUUGAGAGAUGGGAUUGAGGACCUUUUAGAUGGUCUCAUUUGAGGGUUUAGUCAGGAUUAAAUGCUUAGAGACAAGCCUAGUCUCUGAAGAAAGGGAGAGGGUUGGGAGGAGGGUUUGAGAAGGUGUCUCAGGAUGGAAAAAGAAACAAUGGGUGAUAUUCCUCAGAAGCAUUUCCACUUAUCAAACGCUGUUUCUUGUUCUGUCUGCAGGUGUAUGUGAACGGGGAGUGGGUGACCAGUAUUGGAGAGGGAGGCAGUUUUGGAGAGCUGGCCCUGAUCUACGGGACUCCCAGAGCCGCCACCGUUAAGGCCAAGACUGAUCUGAAGCUGUGGGGCAUCGACCGAGACAGCUACAGACGCAUCCUCAUGGUAAGACCUUCACCUUUCUCAGUAUACACAAGACCCAAAUCUAAACGAAUCAGCUGCUGCCCAGUUCACCUCUGCUUCCAAAUAUUUUCAACCUGCAGAGAGGAGAUUGUUUUUGAACCUUCAAACUCAGCAUAAAGUUGGCACAGGCCUGCACGGCACUCAUACUACCUCUUCAGCACAUAGUUAAACCGAGGGCACAGACUACCCCGGUAACCUUUCUUUCAGAAGAUUCUCUCUUUCUCGACUCCGCGGCUCAUUCCUUCAUUCCUUCCAGCAGCAGCAGCAGCAGCAGACGGGGAGCUGGCGUGAAGCAGACUUCAAUUAUGUGAACCUGCUGUUAAUUAUUGCUGUCAAUGAUUUGUAAAGCUGUUUUUGUAAAGUGUGGUAUUCUGGCAACAUCCUAAGCCAAAACAAUGAGAGUGAGUGAAAUUAUGCCGAGCGUCUGCAGCUUGUUAGUCAGGAGCUUGGGAAGGUGCGCUGCUGCUACACUUGUGCUUCUCUCAUGUCCCACUAAGGCUGAAAUCAACCAAAGAAAUUCUUGGUUGACUAAAACCCUGAAAUUUUUGACCAAAAAUUGACUAAUGGGGGGGACUUGGCGGGGUGAUAUACUGAUAUCAGCACAGGAAGGCAAUUAAACACAAAAGGUAAAUCAAGGACUAGGAUUAGGUUUAGGAGGACUCACAUUAAAGUUGAAACGCUCAAAUUAAAAAUAAAGAUUCAGCAAACCACCGGACGUUGAUGAACAUGGACGCUCGUAAAUCUUCCUGUCUCCAGCCGGUCCCCAGUGGGUUGGUGAAUCCAAAAUGGUGAAAACAGGGGGGGUUCUGAGACAGGCUCUGAAAACACCCCCAUUAGCACUUGGUACGUUCCUCCUGAUGAAAUUAACCAUGGACUGUAAAUUGAUGUGGAAAAAAUCUGAGUCAACCAAUCAGAAUUUUGGUCGACUCAGCACGUGUCGACCAAUAAGUUGACCAGGACUUCACAGCCCUAUGCCUUACUUUUAUAUUUGAUCUCCAAAUAACCAAAUUAAUAACUAAUCGUUACAUCUUUAUAUUGACAGAAAUUUUAACAUCCAAUCUUUUGAGGUAAGACCAAUUAUUGGGUUUCAUUAAAUACCAACAGUUGGUGUCACCAACCAAACUGGUGACCACUGGCGAUACCGUCUUGAUCAGGCUCCAAAUCACUUUUGAUCAUCAGGUAUAUUUUCUUUUAAAGCGCCCGUGAAGAGUUUGAGAUUAACAGGGUGGUCUCUUUAUAAACCCACUAGCAACAUACUACGAAAAAGGUUAAUUUUUCGAUGAUUAACUAUGUGAGCUUCCAUGUUUCUUUUACCAUUAUAUUUGGACUGCACAGCAAAGCACCAAUCACAGAAAACAAACUGGAGCUGAUAAACCAGAUGCCUGGUACUGGAUUUGACUCCAUCGUUUGGAAAAGGUUCGAGAGUUAUCUUGAAGAUGGGACAAAUUUAAUUAGGACUUCUACUAUUAACAUAAGGUGUUCCACAGGGAUCAGUACUAGGUCCUGUUUCCAAUCUUAAUGACAGUUAUAUCCGUCUUUAUGCAGAUGACACGUUUUUGUACGUAUCAAAGUUUCAUUUUUUAAUUAAAUUUUGGGGGAAAAAAUGAACUUUUUCUAAACUUUUGCUCUUGCUUGCAUGUUUCCAUUUAGCCAUCACCUAGAGUAUUAUCCUUUCACUGUGUGCCAUCAACCACCCCAUGCCAAAAGUGACACAAAACCAUCCCACAUUUAGCAUCUCCAAAACCGUCUAAGCUCUUUGAACCACUGCGCCGCUGCUGAUGAAACAACCUCUCCAGAAAUAUGAAUGUGUCAACAAUCAGAGCUAAGGUGGCAAAUAAAACCACCUAACCCUGUAAAUCCUCCUUUAAUCUUUAUCCAAGAGUGCUUGGAGUAAAUAAAGUAACAUAUUUCCCUGUGAUAAAUACACUCUCUCCAUUGUGUGGCCAGCAGUCAAACAAUGCCCAUCUUAUCCUGUCAUCUCGGUAUUCACGCUCACACAGCUACAGACAAAGCCGUUAACCAAAUGACAGACCCCUGUCAACAAACAAAGCACAAGAUGAUAGGAGGCGAGGAGAAGCGAUACCAAGAAAUGAGGAUGGUGUGUGUGUUUGGCGUUGGACAGAGAUGAAGGUGAUGGGGAUGGGGUGUAAGGUACGGUUGGUUUAGCCUGGCUUCGCUCCACACCUCAACUCUUUGAAGCUUCUACCUCAAAGACAGCGAGCAGACACAGAGGCUGGUUCAUCUUUAACCACAGGAGGAGCGAACACAUCAGGGCUAAACGGGAGGAGGAAGGGGAGUUCUGUUCACGCCCUCACAAGAAGACAGGAAGGACCAGGACAGAUGCAGAUAAAGAAGAAAAAUCAAAGAGCGGAGACAAAAGUGUGAAAUUUCAGACUCAGAAAUAGAGAAAAGCGUUAUUUCCACUCCCUCCACAUCACAACACCUCUACGCCGCUGACAUGACUUUGGCCCACCCAGCCUUUCUCAAAGCAUCAGCGUAAAUCAGACCUGCUGUGUAAUGUAAUGUUAUGUACGCACGGUAAGCCGUUAAGCUCUAUGGAGGGGCUGUGAAACUUUAAAUCUCCGCUUAAUGCACGUACGAGUGUUUGUGAAAUUGGGCUGGAGGUGAUGUAUACGUGUGUGAAUGUUUGCAUCUGCUUGCUUAAUAAGGAUGAAGUUUCAUCUCUGCAGAGACAGAUACAAAAACCUAAGUGGCAGAACGAAAAACAGACUGCACGCCUUGCACAGAGGCAGACGGAUAGGCCCACAUUUUCAGCUCAUUUAUCCAGCAGGGAGGUGAUGCAGCUAGAAUUCCUCUAAUCAAGCUGUUUACGAUGCUGAGUUUGAUGUCGGCUCACUGGGGAACAUUUUUCUCCCCUUUUAAGACAAAAUGUGAAAUUAUAUGAAAUUAGAGGCACCAGCGGGACUCAGGCACUUAUGCCUCAAUAUAUCAUUUCCAUAUGCAGAGACAGACACGGGCUGGAUGAGAUUGUCUCUGCGCUCUCUGUUUCUCUUUAUGUUACCGCUCGCUCCUAGUGAUCCUGUGAAGAAAGGAGAAGAGGGGUCCUCUGGGUCCAGACUUGUCAGGAAGCACCUGAUGUUCAUGGCAGAGGGGAAAGUCCCUCUGCCUGGUGGGUGGGGUGGGCCACACACACAGACACAUGCAUGCAAUGAGGAUUACCACACAAGUCAUGCACACACAUCCAUAAGCAUGACCUCAUGAACUGUGUACAGUGAAUGUCUACACAGUUUACCAGAGAUUGUGCUGUAGGUUCGGAUUAUGGUUACGUUUUUAUGCUUCUCUAUUUUGCAAUCUUGAAAGUCUUGCAGAGCUGAUUUAGUGAACUAAUGUGACAGAUUUACGGUUCAAUAUAUGGGAUAUAUAUGCAGUUUAUGACAAUAUAAUGACUUAAACACCACAAAUAUAUGUGUUAAAACAUCACGUAGACUAGAGUGCUUUAUAUUUUCACGAAGUGAGACUGAAAUCAGUCCCAACAAGAAAAAAGCUCUCCGAUCUAUUGUAAGCGUUUUCAUCUGUCAUUUCAUCCCACAGUGGACUUGGAUCUUCUUGAAAAUGGUCCCAUAAGACCCACAUCUCUUAUCGAUGCGUCUUUCUUCCUUCAUAGUCAGCCCUCCAGUCCUAGUGUCAGCCCUUUAAUAUUCUUUUUUGUCUCUGUCUGUUUACGAUGUCACUGAACCUUUUUUGUUGCUUCUGUCUUUGAUGAAACGGGAUUUAAACAAAUGCUGUAAAUUUUUUUUAAAAGAAAUACCAUCACAAAUACGAUUUCUAUACUCUUUUUAAUCCAAAAACAGAGUUUAUCAAUUUAUGCCACAAAACCUGCUCUCCAACAUGAUAACGUUGUAGAAAAUUUGGUCUCAUGUCUCUCUGUUUUUGUGUUACAGGGCAGCACUUUGAGGAAGAGGAAGAUGUAUGAAGAGUUUCUCAGCAAAGUCUCCAUCCUUGGUAAGUCUGCAUUCGAAAACGCAUCACGUACUUCAGAGUCAUUUAUUGUUUAUGCCACUAUUUGCACAUGAUUAGUAUUGUAUUGAGACUUCUAAUGAUCUGUGAUUUACCCUCUGAUACUGGGUAAGCAAAGUCUGUAAUUAAUGCUGCGUUCCAGUUGUACUCUGAAGUUGGGAUUUCCAAGCUCUGAGUCAGAAAUUCAUCUGGAACACCCCAUGAAGUCGGAUUGCCGAGUCGUAAAGUCGGAUGAUCAAUGCCAUAAUCAAAGAUGGCAGCGCAGUGCAUCAACAGUACAGAGUAACAGUGAAAGCUCUCGUAAUGUUUUAUUUAUUAGCACUUCUGUUUUGUUUUAGUGAAAUUAAAUAAGUGGUAUGUUGUGCUGCGCAACAUCAAACUGUGAACACGGUGCUAUGGGUGUUUGUAAGAGUAAAAUACUCUGUUAUGCAUUGUUUAUAACUGGUAUCGCUAACAACAGCAACUGACAACGGCUCACGACAGCUGAUAAUUGUAAACAACAGCUAACAAUGGCUAACAGUAGGUGUCCAUCUUGAUUUUCCAACUUGUUUACUGGAACGCCGUCAACUCGGGUGUAACGUCAUUCCCAGCUCCGACAUCCAACUUCCAAAGUAACUGGAACGCAGCAGCACAAUACUUCUAAUCUGAUGAAUGUACAUACAAACUGUUGUACACGCCAUAUAAGUUUAUAACUUUAUGUCAUGAUCAAAGACACACGCGUCCUCUGCAGAGGUCCCAGGUGAUGCUAAUCCUGUGCCAAUAGAGCUUAUUAUGUCUGCAUAUACACUGUAUGAAUCUACUAUUGUGAGGAGUGGUUUUGCACGUGUAUGCCAUGUUAAGCAAUACAUUUAAACAGCAGGUCAGAGAGUCCAGAAUGCAGGCUGUUAAAUCUGCCGAGUGCAACAUAUACUGUAGAUUAGCCUACAUAAACACAGGCGCACGUUGUCACACAAGGCCCAUAGCUGAGUAAGGUCUGUGUGUACAGUCCUAAUCUUCUCCCACUGUUCAUGCUAAAGCCAGUCACACUCUGCAAUGUAGCCGUGUGGACAAUUAAAGAAUAGGGAGUUAAGAUAAGCCUCUCUUUUCCUACUGGAAUUCGGAAAACAGCGGCCUGGACAGGCUUUUGAGUUCGGUGGAACGGCGAAUGAGAUUCAUUCAGACUCUCAAAACGAGUUGCAAUUGGAACUGACAUCUCAUCCCUUUCCACUUGAUUGUGUGUGUGUGGUGUGUAGAGCGAGGCCAUGCCCCCUGUACAGAGUUAUUAGCUGGCUGAGUAAACACAUACACUCAAUUCAGGCCUUAGGAGAACGUCUCCGCGAGAUCCACUCUCUUUUCAUUCACCUCCUUUCUUCUACUUCUCUCUGUUCGACAGCCUUGUCCGGGCCUGCAUUCAAAGGCCCACCUCCCUCCUCCAAGUGCUUUUCCUCUCCUCAUUCCUCUUUCUGCCGCUCUGCUUCUUCGCUUUACCUCUGUGAAUGGAAGGAGGGGUAGGAGGCGGGAGUGUUUUUGUUUGUCUUUGAUUUUCCAGAUAGCCACGAAAUUGGGUACAAGCCCUUGAUGUUGAGGAGUGGAGGGGGGGAAAAAACAACAUGCUCUUUGUCACAUGCACACACAGGCUUCAAUAACCCGAUGGCCGCUUCCCUGAGUGCGUACUACAUGUGUGUGCAGCAAGAUGAUCCAAGUGGGUGCCGGCUCUGCGAAGCGUGAAAUGUAGCGUCUUUAGUCAGCACAUUUGUGUAUCGCGUUACAUGCCGAGCGUUAAGGAUCACUACUACAAGACCUGCUGCCUUUAGCUCGCAGCCAGACAGAGGACAUCCAUCUGGGGCCGGCAGACUCCGCGGCCCCACUGGGGGGGACACUGGACACCUCCGAGUGACCAGACUUCACCUUGGUUAAUCCUAAAAACACACACAUUUGCUCAAAUAGACGCACUAGGAUCAGUCAGUGAGCGCACCAGCAGACAAAAGUCUCAAACAAGGAGAUUGAGAUGUAGUUUCACACCUCGGACUCAUACCUUACUCAAAUAACAACACGGUCACUCGGAUAGGGAGAGAAAGCCAAGAUGAGGAGUGUUUUCACAGCAGAUAAGUCACAUUCCAGGCAAAGAUGUGUAGGCUGUUAAGAUAAGACUAAUACGGAUGGGCUCAUUUGCUCGGUCUUCUAUGUGGAGGUUUUCAGGUAGAAGCGAGUCGUCCUCUUUCUAAGAAUACCAGAAGUCCUGAGUUGUCAAAAACUCCUACGGUUGGAAAGUUUUACCCAGUGAGGAUGUGAGACCGUCUGUGUUCUUGGUUUCAGUGUGAAAACCGACAUCUUCUGGAAAUAUCCAGCGCUGACCACGUCACCGUACAUGUGGUCGGAUAUUUGGAGAGACAGCUUUUGCCACUGGCUCUGAGGAUCAACAAGAAACUGGAAAAACUGAGAUCUUAUCAACGGUUUCGCACACGGGGGUGUUAAAAUAUACCUUGAAAUAAAUUCUGAGGUUUUAAAUGAGUUCGGUUUCUGCCUCGCAAGGAAAUCCUGUCACAAAGAAAGAACCGUGACACCCUCAGACCAAUAUUUUCCCACAUUUGCGGAUUCGUGGCUCUUUCUUGUACCGCCUGUUAUCACCACCUCAAUAUUAACUUGGCUUCACGGCUCUCCUUUCUCCACCUGUAGCUGGACUCCCAAACCUUGUAAGGUCUCGUUGGUUUCGUUCUUCUAGACGAGUUCAUGCAAGUUGGAGUAAGAGCAAUUUUGGACUCCAUUCACCAUGCUGGAUAAAACAAGCACCGCAUGGCAGAUGGCAGAGUGAUUGGUAUCCCGAUCAGCCAAAAUCAUAAUUAAAUUUGAAGUUUGAUCAAUUGCCCAGAUGGUUAUCUAGUCAGAGAUGUCUUGUUUAAACUACAAGUCUUUGUCUUCGAUUGAGAGUCUGGCCGUUAACCAAAAUCAGAUAACAGAGUAGGAAGUGUUGGCGGGGAUAUUGGCGAUCAGUUAUCUGUGUUUUAGCUCGUCACAUUGGCCGACAGAUUGCCUUCAGUAGUCGAUGAGUUCAAGCUUUUUUAGAAAUAUUUAACAGAUUUAGAGUUAAAAAGAAAAUGGGUUUUUCUGUUUGCCAAUUACUAUUGGAUGCAUUUGUGAGGCGAAGUUCUUGGCAGAUUUCGGACUGUGGGGAUCGCAAGAACUCACAAGAACCCGCGGAUUCACAGUUCUCGAGUUCUCUCAAGAAAGACGGCCACAUAACCACAUAAGCAGUAGAUUGUUUCCUUCCAGAGGACUUCUAGACUUCUGGAAUCAGCAUCCUCUCACCCAUGGUGUCAUCAGGAUGAAAUGCUGUCUGAAAACCUUUGACUUGUUCGUCCUUGCCCGUUUGCAUGGUGUGAAAUACGACUUGCCUGAAACAAGUAGUGUUUUAUUUUGAAAAGAAGCCGGAUGUUUUAUUUUGUGUCUGUGCCCAACUUCCUUUCCAGCACGGGUUAAUCUGUGCUGAAUUGAUGCGGCAUCAGGAAACUCUGGCGAUCGGCUGCGGACCACACUGAACUGCAGCGCGACGGAAAGAAGCCGGUGGAAAUUGACACGUUAACUUGAACGGAAACGAUCAGCUGCGAUUCGCGCAUACAGCCGUUUCGCAGCCACUCAGAAUGCGGUGGAAACUGGGAGUUGGACUAGAUUCAUGGUUAAGAUGACAGCUUUCUCUCAUCACAUCCCAGAGCCAGUGGAGUUAAACAGAAUCAGGAGGUGGUUUCAAGGUGUUAUAGCUCCAUGGUGCUCCACACAAGGAGGGAAAAGAAAGAGGGAUCUAAGAUGUAUUAGUCCCUGAUGAAUGACUGGAUUAGCCUGAGUUAGGAAUUAUCCUCCCUGCCAGCUUACAGGAGUUUUGCAAGACAUCCUUCGACACAGUGGUGAAAAUACGAAAACGUAUGUGCGUAUAUAUUACUGCAUGUAUUUAAGGAAAUAACAUGUCCUGGAAUAAUAUCAUCCAUUCACAGAGUCUUUGGAUAAGUGGGAACGUCUGACCGUGGCUGAUGCUCUGGAGCCUGUUCAGUUUGAGGACGGAGAGAAGAUAGUGGUGCAAGGAGAGCCUGGUGAUGACUUCUUCAUCAUAACGGAGGUAAGGUCUACAGGAGGGCCAGUGAGCGUGGGUGGGAUGAGGGGGUUGUUGCACGAGUAAGACAGGAUGCACGGAAGCAUGUGGGGUUCAAGACCUCGCACAGGUCACCUGCAGGGCUAAUGUAGAUGUCAUCAUGCAGAGAUGCUGGUGGGCUCCUCACUCAAAUCAGAACUGAUCCAAGUUUUUUUACCACCAGCAGACAGAGCAGCCAGCAGUGUUUCCCGUUCACCAGCCUACAAUCAUAAUUCCUCAACCUUCCCUCAUACUCAAGGGGCCCCUGUUGCAGCUCCAUGAAGGGCCCCCCUGCCUGUCAUCCUAACACACUUUUGAUUAACUCCAUACUUACACAGCUUUCACCAGGGUCAAGUCAAGAGGGCCCUGUUUGGAAAGGGUGGGGGCAGACUCUGCAGAGGUUUUGUCCCGCUUCCUUCAUCCUCCGCUUUUCCUCCGACUAAGCCGAAGCUCCUCUGUCAGUAGCUCUGAUUAUCUUACUCUCUGUCCAACAACAGUGCUUAACGGCCAUGUUGAGGUUACAGUGCAUGAGUGGUUAGAUGCAAAAGAUUUUGACAAAGGUACUGAGUGAUAAAUCGCUCCACAUCCCUCUCUCCACCUGUGCCUCUCCAGCACAGCACCCCCCUUCCAAAAACUCCUCUUCUUAAAGAAAUUCAUUGCAGUCUGCAAAUAUUAGAACAGUUGUGGAAUUUUUUUUCUGGGCUCCAACGUCAACAUGGAGAUCUAACUAAAAAUGGCUCUAUAGCGCCCCCUAAAAAAUGUGUGUGCCUCAAACCUUUGGACUCAAUGACACUUAUGUUGGACCCCAAGACGAAUUAAAAGGUGGGGGUGGUCCACAGAAGUGGCGGCGCGACAGCGCUCGGGCCCGGUGGUACCCUGCAAUUAUAAUGCAAAAUAAUUAGGGCUGUAAUCAACCAAAGAAAUCCUUGGUCGACUAAAACCCUGAAAUUUUCGUCCAAAAAUCAACUAAUUGAGGGGGGAUUUUUUUGACUCUGAUGGCAAAUCCUUCUACAGCAGGGGACAGCGCGGCGCGGCGGGGUGAAAAUAUACCUAUAUCAGCACAAGAAGGCAAUAUAACAAAAGGCAAGUCGAAACGCUCAAAAUAAAAAUAAACAUUUUGCAAACCACCAGACGUUGAUCAACAUGGACGCUCGUCAAUCUUUCGGUCUUCAGCCCGUGAAAACAAGGGGGGGUGUUCUGAGACAGGUUGUUACCUGUGAAACAGGGGUGCUUUGAAAACACCCCCCAUUAGCACUUGUGUAAAUUGUGUUAAUUGAUGUGGAAAUAAAUCGAGUCGACCAAUCAGAAUUUUUGUGGACUCAGCAUGUAUGGACCAAUAAGUCGACCAGUUGACUAGGACUUUACAGCACUAGACAAAAAUAGUUUAUAAAAGUAAAUAUAUCCACGGGCCUCAGUGCAAAACUAAGCUACACAACUGAUGCACAGUUAAACCAUCUACUGACUGCACAUAUAUAUAUCUUAAACACAGCUCACAGCAUCCUGGUCGAACUUGGAGCUUCCCGACUGAAGCCUCCUAAAGCUGCAGAAAUCCUUUAAAAGCCAGUGCCUUAAACCCAAUCAGUGUUUGGACACAAAUAUCGCAGUAAAUUUAGCAAUGCAUGACUCAUCAGUCUGAGACUUGGAGAUCCCAGGGAGAGAAAAAAAACAAAUAUUCAGAGGAAUCUGGGGGAUUACAGGAUGGAGAGAUGGUGCGAGAAGAGAGGAAGAGACAGGGACAUUUUUUUUCAGCUGAAUUUUUAAGAGUUCGGUUUUUGUCUUGUUCUUUAAAACUAGUUUCCCUUCCAGCUGUCUAUCUGCGAUCUUCAUCUCAAAAAUCCCUCCCAUCCUCUCCUUCCUCUCUUUCUCCCUUCGUCUCUCAUCCAGCAGGGCCUGACUUUCCCAGAGCAGGGUGGACUGUGGUGGAAUGUGUGUUGCUGACUUUCACACGGGGUCAGCAGACCCAGCCUCCAGGGAGGGAGACGGGGGGAGGAAAAGAGAGGGAGGAAAAGAGAGAGAGAAGGAUGAGUCAAAGAAGGCAGGGAGGGACCUGAAGGAGAGAGGGGUUAAUUCAAAACGGACAAGUGAGACAUGAGAGAUUUUGUGAGAUUUCCCUCCCAUCACAUCAGUUUCCCCUCAUCAUCACUUCUUUUUUUUUCAUGCCUACACCUUUAUUUAUUUUAAUUCAAUCAGGUUAAGAAGUAAGCGCUUCGUUCAGUCAGUACUGUCCCACUUCUCCCAUUUCUAAACCCUUCCCACCUCCUUUUUCUUGUCUUUUCUCACCCUCUGUGGAUUUGGAGCAUCAGCAAAAGACAAACCCCACAAUCACUAAAUAACAUGCUGCUGAUGUGAAAAAAAAGAAGUAUAGAGACGUCACUUUCUUCGCCUGCCGGGAGGAAAAAAGGGGCCCAAAUCAAAAGAGACAUGUUUACAUUUUUUUUCUCACACUGUACAAACAAGCUUUUACAGAACUACAGGGGCCAUGAAGACUCAGCCUCACCUUCCUCUCUCUCUUUCUCUCCUUCACUCCCUCACUUACCAACCACGCAUGCUGCUGCACUCCCAUGCUCACACACUCCAGCCUGCACCCUGUCAUCUGCGGUCUCACCACCGGCACAUAAAAUGUUGCAAAUAAAAGGACAGAGAAGGAGGGACGGGAAAAAAACUGUCGGGGAGAAUCUGAAAUUGGUGUCGAAAACAAGGUCGCAGCAUAUGCAGCGUCUCUCAGGAGCGAGAGUUUUUUGGUCGAUGGGAAAAAGUUAUGUAAGAUAAUAACAUGACUUCACCAAACUAUGAAAGACUGGGUAAAUAAUUCAUGACCACACUUAAAACUGCAAGUCCAUCUAAGAUGGGAUGCUGGUGUGGACCUUCUACAGGUAGACAUAAAAAUGAGACACGACUCUGUAGUGGAAAUCACUGCAUGACUCAAAAUCAGUCAAAAACUGUUUUCUAUGAAAAGAUGAACAUGUCUAUGAAAGGGUAUUGCAUUCACUCACAAAAAAAAGAAACUGCUUUUUUGAGUAUUUUUUUUUCUUUGCUGUUUUUCUGACUAAUUUUUUUUAAAUCUGUUUUUUGUCCUUAUUAAAUAAUUAAAUGAUCAUGAUGCAGAGAAGAGAAAAAAAAUCAGUCUGAACAACAAAACAAAAAAUUUUCUGAAAAACAGAAAAGAAAUUACUCUGGAAAAAAGAAGAAAAAAUAGUCCUAGAAACAAAGAAAAAGAAAAAAAGUUCCAAAAACAGAACAAAAAAAAUUACUCAGGAAAAAAGAAAGAAAUUAGUCUUUGAAACAAAAAAAAAUCACUCUGAAAAAUAAACAAACAAAAAAACAGUCCCAAAAAGUGAACAACAAAAAAUACUCUGGAAAAAAAAGAUCUGAAACAGAAAAAAAAAUUACUCUGAAAAACAGAAAAAAAAAAUUGUCCCAAAAAAACAGAACUUAAAAAAUCAUUAUGAGAAACACAAAAAAAUCACUCUGAAAAAAAGAAAAAAAUGAGUCUGAAAAACAGAAAUAAAAUUACUCUGAAAAACAUAAAAAUAUGUAUCAAAAACAGAACAGAAAAAAAAUUGCUCUGAAAAAACAGCUUUUUUUUGGUGAAUGCAAUAUAAUUCUGUACAUCUUGGAUGAGACAGAACUGGAAAACUUUCAUGAUGUAUGAUAAAUGAGAGUUUUGUUGGUUUUUUUAUCAUGGAUGCCUGUGUCCCAACGUUUUCAGGAUUUGUCUUCUUAACAAUAGUGUAGUCAUUCCUGUUUCUUUCCUUAUAUUCUCAAUAAUCUUUAAAAGAAAUCUCAAAUCCCCAAAAGCCAGUUUAGCCUCUGAAUGAAGCUCAGAAACAUCAGGUUUUGGUUCCUCACGUGUCUUUUUUUUUGUGCUUGGAUAUUUUCUCUCGACCCCAACCAUCACCAGUCUGCAAAAACAACUCGAUCCGACUGCUGCCUCACAUUUUUCCAAAAGUAAUCACAGUGAAGGGAUGUAAAGGGUCCCUAUGGGGUAAAGGAAUCCUCUGAGGGUUGGUUUUAAAAUAUUACCUGUUACUGGGAGCCACAGGAAGUGCAACAAUUUAGUAAAUGGGGCCUUUAAAGAGUGGAAAUCAAUGCAGUUAAUGAAUCAUGGGUAUAACACAGAGAACAAGGUAAAGGUGAACGGUUUCAUGGCUCAAACCUGUUUUUAAAAAACUUCUCAGUGACUCAGGGUAUCACCUCUCUUUCUCUUCCUCUACAUUUGACAUGUCCCCACGAACUGACACACUGCACUCUGUGUGUUUGGUAUAACGUGAGGGUUCAUAUUAGUCUACAUUAUUCCCUCAGAUCUUCAGAUUAUCUGAGCUGCAGCUUUUUUCUGUUCUUCCGUUCUUGCCUGUCCUUUACACCUUGUGUCGGGCAGCGUGGAGCGGAGGAUCCUCAGUGUUUAUAAAAGAAAUAUCUGGGGAGCAGAGCUGGGGUGGUACAGUAUGUGAUGGUUAUCUGGACCACACUGGGCGAAGCUUGUUCAACUCUGAACUACUGUACUUUACGGCGCUGCACUGUCUCACUUUCUUUGUUUGGACGUGAAAAGAAAGGAGAGGAAUCAACUGGGUGUAAACACAGAGGCUUCGAUGCCCCUGCCCCAUCUUCCUCUCUCCAUUCACAUCCCAACACUUUCCCACUUUAACAGCUUGUACACUCGAGGUUGAAUAUGGCGAUUUUGUGGUACUUCCCUCUUUGGUUAGCUUUAUCCGAAUUUUGUAGUCAGUUGUGGUGGAAAAAUAACGCUGGUGUGAAAUAAUGAUGCAUGUGGCACUGCUAUAAAGGGUGGUGAAACCUCUUAUGUUCAUGCACUGACCCACAAGUUCUUAAAGGUAUAGUGAUGUCCAACAUUUGAAGAAUGCACCCAUCUGCCCAAAUGUCAGUGAUGCAGUGGACCAUUUUGCAUCACAUCUUGAAGCUAGCUUCCAGGAUUGCAAGUUGCAUUUAAGAUGCAUGGCAUCAACAUGCCCAUUCCUAGUUGUGACACAAUACUUGAGGACAGUCCUGCCAAGAUUUGUACUUGACAGUUUUGCAGAGUAAAAAAAGAGAAAAAUGCAUCUAGGUUUUAAAGUAUCAUCCGAGCUACAGGUGUGAAAGCACCUUCAGUCCAGUAACUGUGCUGUCAUUCAUGCUGUGUUCACACUGUGGCUUACAUACCACGCUGAAAAGUGUCACCGGUCUGCACACUAUCAUUUAGACAAGCACUUUAGCAGCUAUGAAGAGUAAGCUUUUUUUUUCAUGAGGAGUCAGGCCACUCUCUCCUGAGCAGCAGACACGUGAAAGCUACCUGCCUCCCACCUCCUACUCUUCACCCUCAUGUACGAGGAGCUCAGAUGUCCGAGCCCAUCAGUCCAGCUACAAAGACUUUUAAUCAAAGUGCAUUCAGUAGCCAAGUAACUGUGAUUUUGGCCAGAGUCAUUAUCAUAAAAAGAAAGGGUUUACCGCUUUGUUUGAGUGUGCAGGAAAUGGAGGUCCUCUGGCUCUAUGACACAGCUUCAUUAACCUUGCUUGUAGUCCAGUUUGACAUCUUUUAAACAAACUCUCCCACUUCCUAACGGUUCUGUUGAAGCAUCUCUUUCAGUAAAACACAGUCUCACCUUUGUGUGCCUGCAGUCAGGAACCUGGCAGUUUUUUGGGUCCUCAUUAAAGCUCAUUAUAUUCAUAUUAACAUCAUCAGACGGAGCAGAGAAGGAUUAGAGACAGUGAGGGAGCUCUGGAUCAGUCAAGUCUGUUUUGAGACACGGUCCAAGACACACCGGGAAGUUCCCCCGACAAUUACCUCCCUGCUGCUGUUUCACACCACAGCUAACGGUGUUAUGUAGAUAUUUAGAGGUUUCUACCCACUUCUGUCUGAUCAUAUAAACGCUGAGCUCAUAGGAUGUCGAGGAAAGUGUCGUCACAGAGUUUGAAUUCAGUUUCAGACAUCCAGGGUUGAGAUUUUUUCUCCUACAUCUUCAGAGUUACUGUUUACAUAAUUGCCUGUAAACUUUUUCAUUCAAACUUUACUUCUCUUAAUGAACACUUGGACAUGAAUCAACAUCCUACAGGAUCCGGAAUGGCUGCGCUCCAAUCUGGAACGGCAGGCGGAUCAAAUACACAAGCAUUAAAAUCAAUGUGUGUGAUUCCACACGAUCUGUCUGCCGUGUCUGACCAGUCUUGUGAGAAAUAUCGGUAAUAUUGCGAAUGCUUCUCCUCUGCUUGCUUCAGUGGAUCGGAUAUGGUGGCCGCUGUAUGCUUGCGUAUUUGAUGCGCCUGCUGGUCCGGAGUGGCGCGCAGCUGUUCCGGAUCGAGUGGAAUCCCCGGGUAACUGUGUCCACACACUAAGCGCAAUUAAAUUACAUGGGACAUCAAUGGAAAGACGCGAUUAGACACUCCUACUUCUCUAGUGGCGCAAAUGACACGAAUUGGAAGGGAGCGGAACUUGAGCUCAGCUUGAGCAAAUAUUUGCGCCGCGAUAACUAAUUAGCACAAAGGUUGCUGGUUAACGUAUGAAAAUUGACUUUUGUUCGCUGGUUUCUAAAAUGGAGGACAAACUGAUCGUGUCGGUGUGGAGGUGCCUGAAUUAUAUUAUAUUUUUUCUUUCAAUUACCGAAACCGGAAUAAAAAGGAGCUCGCCAGGAGGUAUAGGGGUGAGGAGGUUGGGUUUUCUGGUAAAUUGUAAAAGACCUUUGUCUAUCACUUGAUCCUGCCGGUUGAAUUGGCAGAGAUUACCGUUGAUAUUACCGUUGACGUGUGAAUGAAGCGAGUGAAUGAUUUUACUCGGGCUUGGUGUGAGCGCCCCCUAAGAACGUGCUGUAAUUCAAGAAAACUUUGUACCACUUUUUCAAAUAAUGACUUGCCAUGCUUUUAUUUUGAUAUUUCCUCUGUGUUGCUAAAUCUCUCGCCUUGUCAAACUCGUACCGGCGCUUUUACCUCCACUUGAGUGAAAAAUGUUACACUAUGUCUCCUUUGAUCGUCAAGUGUUUCAAGCUUUAACUCGAGCAACACAACACUUGGUCGUGGCUCCCAUUCAAAGACUCGUAUUUCAGAAAGUUCUCAUCCAAACACCAAGUUUGUCAACAGCUGCGGGACAAUAUGAAGUGUUAAUAUCAUCUGUUGGGCAGAGGGAGCGGAAAUCAGACUUCCUCUGUUCUACUUUCUGGAUGAGUCACACGCUCACCCGUCAAGCUGCGGGUCCAGUCAAGUCAGUCAGUCAGUCAGUCGGUCGGUCAGUCCAGCAGACCUCAGCUGCUGAUUUUCUCACUGCAUGUGUGUGUGUGUGUGUGUGUGUGUGUGUGUGAAAACGUCUGGGUUGUUGUCUGCGUCCAUCUGUGUCCGUCUUUGUUAUGCGUGUGUUAGCAUCAUGCGAACGCGGAGAGAAGCGGUGUGUACAUGUGUGCGCGCUCAUGUUCUCAGGUCAUCAGAGGGCACGCUGUUGGAACUUCCUCAGCUCUGGGACGCUGCAGCAGUUUCCAUUAACGUUGAUAAAAAAGGGGAUUAUGGGAUGGAGACACUGAGGAAUGAGCUCAGCCUCGAACAGACUUCGAUGUUUGUAUGUAUUAGACCCUGGAGAAAAUAAAGCAGAACCAAUCAGGGUUUGUCUCACGUACCCUGCUGAAAUAUCCCAGUUUGGGCUGUUUUGCGUUUCUGCUCAGAAGCCUCCCAAAGAACAGGUGUCCUUCCCGCGGAAAAGCGGCCUAAAUCCUGUGCACCUGUGUCCCUUAUGAAGCAAAGGAAUUUCUCCCCGGCUUAAUCCUCCCGAUGGUUUUCAGCCUCGCUAAAUAACUCCUCCUUCCCUUUUUUAUCACCCCCGUUUCUCCUCUCCUUUUCUUUCCUCUGAAUUCUCCCUUUUCUUUUCCGUCCGCAGGGAAUAGCCUCUGUUCUGCAGCGCAGGUCUGACAAUGAAGAGUACGUGGAGGUCGGACGCCUCGGACCCUCUGACUAUUUUGGUGAGUGGCUGUUGGCUGAUGGAGGUUUUUCUCCUUCACAGUUUGGCACCACAUGUGAAAAAAUGGUUUGUAUUUAAAGAGUAAACUGUUAGCAUGAAGAUAUGAAAUUCUUACAUGCUGAAAUAAGGGAUUGGUUUAAUUUCUGUACGCUACUGUACCUAUUUAACUCAUUCAGUGCCAGGUUUUCACUCAUUGCCACCAUUGACCGCAAUAGAAAUUUCCGUAUCUUUCAGGACCCACAGAAUAUUUUGUGCUUGGACUAGAAUUAAGUGCAAUAUCUAAAAAAAAGAAGCAAUUCUCAUCUUUCACCAGAAAAAAAGGUUAGUCUCUAACCCACUCCUGUGUUUAGAUAUUGCCUGCUCAAUGCAGCGUGGUCAUAUCAGCUUUGUCAAUCUGGAAAAAGAAACCUGGGAAAAUCACAUUUUUACGAAGGAGAGACUUUGAAGCUACUUCUUCAAACUGCUUUACCGGUGGCAUUAAGGUCCUAAGAACCUGACGCUGCGACAUAAACCUCACGUACUGCUAGCAUCCUCCUCGCCCGGACUGUCGCUGAAUUCCAGCUCAGUCUCGCUCACCCACUACCGGCACAAUGACAUGCCGGAAAAUUGUUUCUUUAAUUGUCUGCUGAAGAUGUGAAAAUCCAGAGACGGUAGCGCCGCGCCAACGGGAGCCGAUGUGUCGAGAACGUUUGCUCUUGACUAAUGACUUUAAACACUCCACAACUGGGCUAAUUGGCACACUUGAUGGCACACUUCUCACUGGCGAGUUCUUGUUAAUGAUGUAUUUGUCGGCUUUUCUGCGCUCAGAACGACCCAAAACUUAGUUGUAUGUUGGGAAGAGGCGCCUUCUGGAAGAAAACAAAAAAACUGAAAACUCCGUCAAAAUCCGUCCAUGGCACUGAAUGAGUUAAUAACUUGUAAUCACACCUUCGCUAACCUCGCUCCUUUCUCCUCCCUCAGGUGAAAUCGCCCUGCUGUUGAACCGUCCCAGGGCAGCCACCGUAGUCGCCCGCGGUCCGCUUAAGUGUGUGAAGCUGGACCGGCCCCGCUUCGAGCGUGUGCUGGGGCCGUGCUCGGAGAUCCUCAAGAGGAACAUCCAGAGAUAUAACAGCUUCAUCUCCCUCACUGUGUGACCCCUCGGCCCCCUCAGGGCCCCCCACCAGCAGGGGUGGGCAGCAUCAGCAUCAGAGUUUUGACCCAUGGGUGGGAUAGAGGUGAGGAUUCGGGGUGAAGGAUGUGGGUUUUUACAUCCGUGAUGACAGGGCGCUCAUUUCCUGCCUUUUUUCCAGUUUGCGCAUUUCUUUCUUUUCUUUGAUCUUGUGCACUUUGACUUGACCCGUGCUGUCGCGUAGCUUUAUGUCCAAAACAACAUGCAGGAGUGUAAAAACGAGAGCGAGGAAGGCAGUCUUUCAACUGUAAAUGAGUCAUACAUACAGUGUGUGGACUGUUUAUGAUGCAUGCUUCGUAACUGACAAAGAUUAGGGUUUGCACUUUGGUGUAUUUAUGAAGGAUGCGGUUGAAUUCAGGAAAAGACGACGGCGAACUGACAUGUUUACGUACAGCAGGAGGAGGUGAGCACUCGUUUCUUUGCGCUCUGGUUGUGCUUUUUUGUUUUUCCGUUUCUGGCUGUGCGUGAUGCCACUUUCAGGUCGAAUCAGACCUGCACUGCACAUAUCUCUAUUUCCUCAAGCGUAGCCGUAGAGGUAUGAAUUGCGUUAAGAUCCUGGCUGCUUCUUUCAUUCUCGUGCUUUUAAUUGUGCUUUUACUGCUGUUAUCUGUCGGAGGUAGGAGCUCUGAUUUGUCGGGAUUUCACUCAGCGUGUGCCAGCAAGAUUAACCGAAAAGUUUCUUUCUUUCCUCAAGAUCUCCUCUUUGUGGUAUUCCAAAGGAGCAGUAGUGUUAUCAGUACAGCACACACACACACAAACAGAGUGUGACACACACUGACAUGACACACAACCAUACUGUAUAUGCUGACACCGUCUCAGGACUAUGUAAAUCCUCUGACUCACACACAACGAUUACCUGACGCUUUUUAAAUUAAGCUGAUUUUCUUUUACGUUGAAUCGUGGGUUUAAGCUUUUGCACCACUUUAGAGUUUGUAACGUUGGGUCAAACCAGAAGUUUGAUUUAGCUGUUUUCAGACAUGACUUAUAUAUUAUAAAUAUAUAUAAAAAGAAAGAGGUAGAAGUUCUAUUUGUGUUGCUUUUUGAUCUACUGUAAUCUGUCAAAGAUGCACAAAUGACCCAGCAAAAGACGUUGUAUAAAAUAGGAAGAAAAUAAUCUUUCUGUAUUCUGUAUCUCUUUCUUUCAACUAUAAACUAUCUUGAGCAAAUAAAGACAAGCUUCUGAAAUCCUCUUGAUUCAA